AUUCCUCAUCCUGUAGCUCCAACAAAGGCAGCCCUCUUUGCUUUCCCCUACAACUUACUGGCUCCAGAGCUCCAAGAGGUCGCAGGUCACAGAGGAAUCCAUCGAAACAGGAAAGGGAGCUUCCUCGGUCCAGCUUCAAACACUCAAAAACCUGUUUCCUCUCUCUGCCACAAAUAAAAUCCCCAACCGGGGAUUCACUGCAGGUUCAUUGUGAAAGCGGCAGCUUUGAGAAAGGGAAGCAUCCAGAGUCUUCUAUAUAUGAGAGAGUCACCGCAAAGUUCUCACAUGCCAAGAGAAUGAGGGUGGUAUUCUUGCUGCUGAGCUUGCUGGCCUUGGGAUGCAGCAGUGCAGAAAUCGAAGCAACCAGUGCACCUGCGGUGGAGAGCGAAGCGGAGAGCAGCCACCUGGGCUUGACUUCACCUGAAACUCAGGACCUCAGAAACGUAUUGGCAACCUCCCUGCCUCCUACUUCAGAGAAGCCGGAUGCUUUGCUGAAUGCAAGCCAAGAGGAAGGUGUAAAGCGCAGUUCUCCUCUAGCCACGAAAGAGGCACAGGAAUUGCAAACUCCAGCACAGCAGAAGACACCCUUGGCCCUUACCGUAACUCCUAGCCCAGGGAAUAACAGUGAUGGCGGUUCUCCCAACGGGAAGCGAUUCAUCCUGCCUAGCAAUGCAGGGGUUCCUCCACCAUACCAUCCUUGGAAUCGCCUUCCUCCAAAGGAAGUUUCUAGGGAAAACCAAGGGACUAUGGUGAGCAGGUCUUCCAGACACUCAGAAGAUAGCAGCAAGCAGAAUGCAGAUCUCAAAAAGCCCAGCUUCGAAACCACCAGAGGAAAGUAAGCAGAACCGUUUAACUCUUCCCCCCCCUCCUCUUUGCUCAUUGUACCUAGAGAACCCGACUCAACUCGUGGCAUCCUGUGCAAGGCUCCUUCUAGUGCUAAUUUGGCCUGAAUUCCUGGGAUAAAGGCCUGGAAGUGUCCUGUAAGGUCAUAGCUAAAGAGGGUUGGCUUGCUCCAAAUUGACAAAGUGCAGUGAUGGGACGAGUGGCUGUGAUCCUGCAAGUAGUUACACUGUUUAAAUCCUGUUGAUUUCAUUGGGAGAUAAAGCUGAUCCACCUACGUGCAGGAUUUCAGUGAGAGUCUGUAGUGCAAGGUAUUGCAGUAUUUAAAAAAAAACAAAAAAUCAGAAAUUUAGUAAAGGGGAAGAGGGGUUUAGGAAUGUCCUGUCCUGUGCAGCACCUGGUAAUUAACAAAUGCUUUCUUGUUGCAUUGGCAACAUACAGAGAGAACACAGUGAGCCAUUGUUUUGAGGACAAACCAUGGUUUAGAAUCCUAGAUCCAAGUUACGGUGGCCAAGUUAUGCACACAUUAACCACACCCCUCACAAGCCCUGCUUGGCACUCUUGACUGUAUUUGCCUGACCUGAAUACAUAUUAUUGCUUGCCUGAGUGGAGGACCUCUCCUCCUUGGGUAUAUGGGGUGUUCGGGGAGGGGUGGUAGGGAUUGGGCACAUGUUGUGCUCCUUCUGGAUAAUAUGUCACUCAGCUCUCACCUGUGGCUCCCAGAAGCUGUCUGCAUGCGACAACAGCCACACCCCAGGAAUGGCUCCAUUUGGCCGGCUAAACCAGGUGAAGAUAGGCAAUGGGUUUUGAAUGCUCGGUGAGUUAGAGUUGAGAGCCAGUGUGGUGUAGUGGUUAAGAGUGGUAGAUUCGUAAUCUGGGGAACCGGGUUCGUGUCUCCGCUCCUCCACAUACAGCUGCUGGGUGACCUUGGGCUAGUCACACUUCUCUGCAGUGUCUCAGCCUCACUCACCUCACAGAGUGUUUGUUGUGGGGGAGGAAGGGAAAGGAGCAUGUUAGCCGCUUUGAGACUCCUUCAGGUAGUGAUAAAGUGGGAUAUCAAAUCCAAACUCCUCCUCUUCUUCUUCUUCUUCUUCUUCUUCUUCUUCUUCUUCUUCUUCUUCUUCCUCCCCUGCAUGAGGAGACAGGCUCCAGCAGAUUGAGUGGACAAGACCAAUAGUGGGUCCAAUGGUCAAGAAGGCGGUUUUUGUAUGUGCUGAAGUGAGGGGCAGAUGGGGCUUUUCACCCUGGGAAGGUAGCAGUCUAGGAGAAGGAAAACUCUGAUCCUAAACCUCUGCUGCCUUGAGGGACAUAUUUGGGAGAAGUAACGGCUAAGGAGUAAACCCUACACAGAUCUGGAGUGGAGUCCCUUAGACUUGCAUCUCCUGGCAACUCCUGCAGCCAAGCUGGUGCCAAAUGUAUUUCUCUGCUUUCCUUUGGUUCACAUUAGUGAUGAGAGGGGGGUCUUGUCAUCUGGGCAGCCCAGGACCUCCAUACACAUGGCUCAGGCUUGCACCCCAGAGAGGUCCCUUUGCUAACACCACGGUUUGACUUCACCCUCAGAGGCACCCUCCACUGUCUCUCAAGACAGAUAGAUGCCAGCAACCACUCUCUCCUCUAAGAAACUUAAGAUAUGAUACACAUGGCUGUCUAUUUCUCUGUCUCCCAGCCUUUAUCCUCACAGCAACCCUGAGAGGUAGAUUAUGUUGCGAGGUGGCGAUUGGCCCAAAAUCAUGCAGUGAGCUUCAUAGCUGAGUGGGGUGUUUGAACUGGUGAACAGCCCUAACCAGAUGCUCUUAUCUAGAAUUAGACAGAUGACAUCAUUACAACUCCCAUCCUCCCCAAGCAGCACGGACAAUGGUCAGGGAUUCAUGGGAGUUGGAGUCCAACAACAGCUGGAGGGCACCACAUUGAAUACCCUUGCUCUAACCACUACACCACACUCCUGGAUGCUAAUUCUAAGUUGUUUAAAAAUCUGAGUCAUUUAGCUGCUCUCAGGCCAGGGUUGCAAUCCAACGAAUGCUUCCUGGAGAGUACAUUCUAUCUGACCUAGUGGGAGCUACUUCGGACAUGCAUGGAACAGCUCCAAAGAAAGAUGGAUGCAACCCAUUCUAAUCACCCACUUUUUUAUUUUCGGAACGCAUUUGCCCGAAAUACAUGAAUAAUGACUAUGUGGCGAAAUUAAGCCAUUUGUUCAGAUGGUAUGUGCAGGGACAAUGCGUACAAAUUAUGAGAGCAUUGAAAUGCUUAGUGUUUCCCCCAUGUGCAUUUUUGCUGUUUUUGCCUGCUGAAAUAAUAGCAUUAUAUUACAGAAAUAAAUUUAACACUAUGAACCAGACCGGAUAUUAAAGGACUAUAAGCCUGGAGAUGAAUCCAGCUUUGGAAAACAUAUUAAAAUGUUCCGGAAAGCAGCAGAAGCCCACGGCUUGCACACUCCCAUGUUUUGUAGAGACAUGGUAGGCUCCAUAGGGAAACAGAUGCAAUGCAGGGUGUUAAGCAGGAGUACACAGGACAAAAGAUUUUGGUCACUGCAACUUCUUUAGGGGAAAGUGUGAUUAAUGAAGAAAGUGAGAAGAGUUCUUCCUCUCUCAUAGCAGUAGAACUUGUGGACAUCCUAAGGAGAUGAUUGUUAGGUGUGCAGGACAAAUCAAAGAAAGAAUUUAUUCACAGAGUUAAACUAUGGAACUGCCUGCCACAGGAGGCUGUGACGGCCAUCAACUUGGAUGGCUCUAAAAGAGGAUUAGACAAAGUCUUGGAGGCCAAGGCUAUUAAGAGCUACUAAAGGUAAAGGUAAAGGGACCCCUGACCAUUAGGUCCAGUCGUGGCCGACUCUGGGGUUGCGACGCUCAUCUCGCUUUAUUGGCCGAGGGAGCCAGCGUACAGCUUCUGGUCAUGUGGCCAGCAUGACUAAGCCACUUCUGGCAAACCAGAGCAGCGCACGGAAACACCAUUUAACUUCCCGCCGGAGCGUACCUAUUUAUCUACUUGCACUUUGACAUGCUUUCAAACUGCUAGGUUGGCAGGAGCAGGGACCGAGCAAUGGGAGCUCACCCCGUCGCGGGGAUUCGAACCGCCGACCUUCUGAUCGGCAAGUCCUAGGCUCUGUGGUUUAACCCACAGCGCCACCCGCAUCCCUAUUAAGAGCUACUAGCCAUGAUCUAUCAUGCUAUUAUCAUGCCCUCCAUCAGCUCUGCUGAAAAGCCACAAAUAUUUGACUUCUUUCCAAAUAUGUCCACUGCUGCUGCUGCUGCCUACAAGGCCUCUGUAACUAUGAGUGAGAGAUUGAGUUUGCGUUUUUCCUCCUCCCUCCCCAGUCCCUUUUCCUUUUGUGAGGGCAAGGACUUUCUCAUUGAUAUUCAAAAGCUGCCCUGGGAGCCUUUUUGCUAGCUCUUUGCUCCUAGUUUAAGUAUUCUGCUCCCCCUAAGCACAGAAUAAAUCAGUCUUCCCUCAAGCAGGUGCUUUCCAGCUCUUUUUGACUGCAACUGCCACAGUCCCAGUGAGCAUGGUCAUGUUGGAUUGGGCUGAUGGAAGUUGUAGUUCAAAACCUCUGGGAAGCACCAGGCUGCAAUAAGACCCCUUGGACCUCUCAGGUGCAGUUACAUUACAAACAUUCCAGGUAAUCUGACAGCCUUUCCUUCCGCCACCUUUUCAUGUGCAGGGAGAAGGAGGUGCGAUACAACCUGCCACAGAUAAAUCAGAGCUUUUUUUUUUUUAAAGGGAUGUUAAUUGCAGAAAACACACACCCGGUGGCUUACAAAACACACACAACCAAAUCUAAGUACAUGUUUCCCAAGCUUCCCUCAUGUGGGGAAGAUUACUAGGUAUCAUCGUGACAUCGUGUGCUUGUUGAACAGUGUGGGAAACGUAGAGCCAAGAAUCUAAUUUGUCUCUCAAGACUCCUUUGACUGUGAAGGUGAUGCUUAGCUAUGAGAUUAUAAUCACAGGGGGAGAAAUAUUUCUUUCUAAUCUGGACCAUCAAUAGAAGCCUGGCAGUGGGUUGUGUUUGUUUUUUGUUUUGUUUUUGCCAUCUUCCAAAGUGCUGCCGUUUAACAUGAAAGCAGAGAACUCUUCUAUCUGAAAGCUGCCAGAAGUGUUCCUACUUUUCUUCUUGCUUCACUUCCAGCACCAAAUUGCAGACUUUAAGAACUUUUCUGCAUGCACGCUUCCAUUCACACAAGGUAUCCUAAUGCUAGUGAAGGCAAGGUCUUUUGUUCCAAACUCCUCGACUCUAGCAAUGCCGCACACCUGCUUGAUGUGCUUUGCAGAAGACGCACCUGCCUCAUCCAGCGCCAUUUGCAUAACGAAUACCUCACAGAUGAGAAAUUUAAUGAACACUCCAAAAAAAAAAACCCCGAUGUGAAGAAAGGCCUGUGAUAAAGGUUUUUAGAAAAGGAAAUGCGUCAAGGUGCAUCCUUAUCUCUGAGAAGUAGCUUCUUACGUUGCCACCUGUUGGAAGAUGAGAGCAAUUUUUCAUGCUAAGGAGCUCAAAUUGUGCAUGUUCUCCUGGUUAGGAGUCGCACACCUUAGAGCAAAAAGUUCCAUCAUCCUCUUUAAUAAUAAUAAUUUUAUUACCUGUCCUUCGCCAACAGGUCCCAGAACCAAGUUACAAGAAGUUAAAGUUCAGUAUUAAAAUCAGUUAAAACAAAUUGCAGUUACAAGGGGCUAGGGAGGGUCCUUUUAGAACUUUAUUGUCUCAAAAAGUGAGCAUGCAAGAGGGGAGGGCCAAAGGUUCAGGAAGCCCCCUCCUCAUCUGCCUCCACACAUCAUUGCCUGUUUCGUGGUUCUGUCACUAGCGAUGGGCAAAUCAUCAACUUUGGCUUCUCCUAGCUUCACAUUUAAGAUCAGUGCAUCCUAUUUCUCCAUCUGUUUGUGAUUUUUUAAAUAAAAAAAACAACUCAUUAGAAAUUUGUUAGGAUCUUAGGGUACAUUUCCCCUCUAAUGCACACAUUUUGGUAGGCAUUUUUUUUUUACAAGCAAUUCCCCCUAAUAUGGAACAUUUGGGGAUGUUAUUUUCACUUAACCUAUGCAUUUUAACGCAAGCUUUCCCCAAAUAUACAGAUUUGUGUAUACUUCUUUUUGUGUUCGGGAACCACCCUGUAAAUUUUUGAGAAAUGCAGAUUUUGCAGGAUAAUGGCAUUUCUGUCCACAUAUUGUAAUGGGAAGUGCAAACCGGGUAGGUCUGCAUUAGAGUGCAAGCUGAACUGAAUUUCUCCCCUUUCCUUACUUGACGCAGGAACACAGGAAGCCACCUUCUAUUAAGUCUGACAAUUGAUCUUUCCAGCUCAGUUUUGCCUACACUGACUGGCAGUGCUCCCUUGGAUUUCAGACUGGGGUCUCUCCCAGCCCUACCAUGAGUUGCCAAGGAUUGAAACGGGGACCUUCUGCAUGCAAAGCAGAAGCUGUGCCACAGAGCUAUGGAUCUGCCCCUAAUAAUAACUCCAGAGUGCCAAGGCGAAUAACCCUUUCUCUUGCUUGGCUCCAAGGCAGCAUCAUGCCUUGAUAGCUGAAGCCAAAUCAGAGUGACGGUAAUGCAUCGUACUCCGGCUCUGGAAUCUUGAACAGGUGAAGAAGUCUUCUAAGUUCAUAACUGGCUGGUUUUAGACCCUCUGCUAUAACAAUAACAAUAACAAUAACAAUAACAAUAACAAUAACAAUAACAAUAACAAUAACAAUAACAAUAACAAUAAUUUAUUAUUUAUACCCCGCCCAUCUGGCUGAGUUUCCCCAGCCACUCUGGGCGGCUCCCAAUCAAGUGUUAAAAACAGUACAGCGUUAAAUAUUAAAAACUUCCCUGAACAGGAAUUGCCAGAUUAACUCCCCUUGAUCUUGCAAGCCUGAGAAUGGGCUGGAAAAGAGAAGCGGGUGCCCUUAUGACCUGCUCUUUCUGUAAUUUGUGGUCCUUAUGGUUUCUGUGUUUCAUAUAAGUGCAAAAUUGUAAUUUGAUUUCCUCUCACCCUCAUAAUCAAGCAGUAAAUUGUUGUAAACUGCUCUGUGGUCCUCGAAUGAAAGAACGUACGUAUAUUUAACCAACAAAUACAAUUGUAUAAAGUAAAUCACUAACUAGACAUUGUACCCUAUCCUAAGAUCAUUACGAUGAAGGGUAUUUAAAAAAUAAAUAUCGAGUAAAUAAACACAUUUAUUAGCUCAAAACCUGCAUGCCAAUUCACUGUCUCAAAGCUUCUGCCUUAAACGCCCUUCAUGUGUGCGCACUUGUCUCGAAAACAGCAGUGGUUCACUCCCACAUUAAAUUUAGCAGUAAAGUAAUUCCCUGUUGCACUGUUUACAUAGUGGGUUCAGUUUGGCUCAAACCACUGCUGUUCCUCUAUUUUUACGAGCCUGUCAAUGCUGAAACCUACAAUCACUCGCUCCCACCCAGCUUCAGAGUCGCCCUGUGAAUGGCUCCAUGGCAGUGCCAGGUGGCUGCUAUAUUAAAUUUCUACAAUCCAAUACAAAAUGAAAGGAAAGCACUGGGUGACUUUGCCAGGGCUGUAAGAGCAUCGCUUGCCUUGUCCUGACUCCAUCAACCCUCCCCUGUCCACACUUGCAUCAGGAAAACAAUACAAGGGUGGCACCCAUCGGAGUUGAUCGGCCAGUGCAAAGACUUUUGGCUGUGCAGUCCAACCUUCUUUUGUUCUCCUCUCCCCUUGCAACCUCUAAAUCUGUUCUUGGUUUUCCCCAGUCCUCUGAGUAGCUUUGGAGAGGGCAUUGGGGGUACAUGGGGAGGGGAGAGGGAGGAGAAGUUUCAUUGCACAAGUGGAAAUCCUUGCACUAUCUGAUUUGUUGCCUACCACCCUAUGUCUGUCGCAUCAACAGCAAAGUAUUAUGGAGACCCAGUAAAUACUCAGAGUCCCACUGUUGAGGCUGGGUCCUGCAAGGGGAUCUGCUGCCUCCAGCUCUAUUGCCAUAGUUGCUCCAGAGGUGAUGGAAACAGUAAGAGCAUCUUCACACAAACCUUAGUAAAAGAGGUACCCCUAAGAAUCUUGUUCUUUGGGGCUAGACCGAGUCCAAUACAGGACUCCAGAAAUGGCUUGAAAGCAGUAAAGAGAUUUGAUAGCUAAGCACUGAUACUUCAGGCAUCAAGAGCAAUACCCAUUGCUUGGAGAUCAAGCAAGAGAGUCCUGUUGAACUCAUGCUCUGCUUGCGGGCUGCCAAUAGGCAUCUGGUUGGCUCGUGUGAAAACCUGAUACUUGGCUAGACAAAUCUUUGUCUAGCAGGGCUCUUCUGGAACCAAAUGUCAAUUUUAGCAAUCAAGGGGAUGGAACAACUAUCCUCUGAUGAAAGGCAACAGCAUUUGGGGGCUUUUCAAUCUUGAAAGCAGAUGGGUUAUGGGAGAUUUGAUAAAAAGUAUAUAAAAUUAUGUACAGUGUGGGAAAAGUGGACAGAGAGAAGCUCAAAAGACUAGACCCUUGUGUCACCCACCCAAGUGGAUUUCAUGCUCUUUAUUCAGCUCAUAGUGGUGAGGAGGAAUGGAAGUUCCCCAAAAAUGUCUGCCUUAUAUACAUUAUUUACACAAUGGGCCCCACGUGAUUGGCUAAUUCCAGGAUUCUCCUGUAGGCCAAUCAGGUUGCGGAUUCCCUUCCACCUGGAGCUGGAUUGGGUGCCUCCUGUGGACCAAUCAGACUGCUGCAUUCUGGAUCCUAUUGUUCUAGGACCAAUCAGACUGCUGCCUUUUGGAUCCUAUUCAACUCAGUACAUAACACCAAGGAAGCUGAAUUUUAGAACAUUCAAGACAGGUGAAAGAAAUUUCUUCUUGCAAAGGCAGGUCUAGGGGAGCACAACCAGUGUGGUCACACUGGGUGCAGAGCUUCUUGGGCGCUACAGGGGGCGGAUUUUGGUGUCACACAGAGUACCACGGAAAUUUGAGACCCCCGAGGUCUCCGAGGUCCCCACUGCUUGAGCAAAAGAUGGCUACUGUGCUCAUGUCCAGCUUGAAGGCUUCCAAGAGGCCUCAGGCUGGCCACUGUGAGGGCAAAAUGCUGGACUAGGUGGGCCUUUGGCCUGAUGCAGCAGGACUCUUGUGUUUUUGUCAUGAGGUGGAAAAUGUCGCCCUGGGUGGUAAAGUAACCACAAUUUAAAAAUAAAAUAAAAUAAAAUGACAGCAUCCUGGAUACAUGAAGCAGAUGAUUCACCGUCCAAACAUUAUAGCUGCUGCAUGGACAAAGGGAACAAGUGAUGAGAGAAAAGAAGCGUUUGCCACAAUGUAGUACAAAGUGUCAAGGCCUCAAAUCCUGCAGAAAACACAUGUUAUUUCCUUUCCAUGUUAUUAGUUAUGUAGUACAACCUGUUCUGGAGCAGAAAAGCACAUUCUUGGCAGGGGACCCUGUGAGGCGACUCAUACCUGAAACCUUUAACCACUGCUUAUGGUUUGGCCUGGUAUUCCCAAUCUGCCUCAUACAGUGGUACCUUGGCUUACAUACGCUUCAGGUUACAUACGCUUCAGGUUACACACUCCGCUAACCCAGAAAUAGUGCUUCAGGUUAAGAACUUUGCUUCAGGAUAAGAACAGAAAUCGGGCUCCGGUGGCGCAGCAGCAGCAGGAGGAGGCCCCAUUAGCUAAAGUGGUGCUUCAGGUUAAGAACAGUUUCAGGUUAAGUACGGACCUCCGGAACGAAUUAAGUACUUAACCUGAGGUACCACUGUACUGGGUCCGUCAGAUAUGAGGGAUAGAUGGGUUUGGUUCUCUAAGCAACAUUUAAAGAAAUAAAGGCCAUUUAAGUUAUUAUUAUUUUUUGCUGGAUGCUACAGAGGUCCAGUUGCGAAUUGUUAUGCCUGUUCUGAGGUGUUCUCAAUGUGAGAUCUUCCAGAUGAGACCUGCUAGAUUUUUAUUGUGUUAAUAAAGUCCAACUGACCCCAACCAGAAACCAGGCAUUUAAUGUCACCGGUCCUAUGCUGCUACCCUCGCUUUUACUUUCUGUUGAUGACUUUUCAUAUAUUUUUAAAAGCCAGCAGGCCUAAAAAAUAUAUUAUUGAGUGGCUGGUCUUUUAGUGGUGGUCCUGUGUUGCUUUUAAAGGGUAUUGUCUAUGCCGCUGUACCCCCUCCCUAAUGUUUUGUGAUAGGGCAGUAUUUAAAUACUUCUACAAAGAAAUACAUAGCAGAAACUGCACCCCUUGUCCACAUGGUGUGGAGAUGCCCAGUUGAAAGCCCCUUUUGAGUUAGUUUUGGAAACCACACUACAUUUCAAAAGCAUGUAAGGUUUUGUUAUAAAGGUAAGCUAAAGGUAAAGGACCCCUGGACAGUUAAGUCCAGUCAAAGGCAACUAUGGGGUUGCGGCACUCAUUUCGCUUUCAGGCUGAGGGAGCUGGCGUUUGUCCACAGACAGCUUUCUGGGUGAUGUGGCCAGCAGGACUAAACCGCUUCUGGCGCAAUGGAACACCGUGACAGAAACCAGAGAGAAUGGAAAUGCCAUUUACCUUCCCGCCGCAACAGUACCUAUUUAUCUACUUGCACAGGUGUGCUUUUGAACUGCUAGGUCGGCAGGAACUGGGACAGAGCAAUGGGAGCUCUCCCCGUUGCAGGGUUUCAAAGCGCCCACUUUCUGAUCGGCAAGCCCAAGAGGCUCAGUGGUUUAGACCACAGCUCCACCCGCGUCAACAACAACAACAAACAUAUUGUUAUUAUGCCCUCAUCUGAAUGGGUUGCCCCAGCCACCUGGGCAGCUUCCAGCAAAUUAAAACAUCAAACACUGUUUAUUUACAUCGCCCACUAUUUGGAAUUAGCCUCUGAAUCAUGGGCUAUGGGCAUAAGGAAGAGAGGCUCUCAGCCGUGUUGUAUUUUCCAUAGGCUCAUCUUAUGCUCAGUAUCAUCAGCAUGGUAACCCUUUGGCAUGUGCUUUGAAUGGACAUCAGGCAGGCAUAUACCAUAUUGGCAUUUAGGCACCUGAUUAAAACUCAGGCUUUCCCCUGAGAGGUGAUCUGUUUAUGUCUGAUGUUCUCAAUGGAUCUGCUGCUUUGUGAUAAUAUUCUUGACGUGUUCUCUGAAUGCAAUGUUAUUGCUGAUCUUACAUUUUCAUGGCUGUGAUAUUUUUUGAUGGUACAGGGUUUUUUAUUUUAUUUUGCAAAUAACUAAAUAAAUACAGUGGUACCUCUGGUUGUGAACAGGAUCCAUUCCGGAGCCCCGUUUGCAACCUGAAAGGAACGCAACCCGCGUCUGCACACAUGCAGGUCGCCAUUUGCCGCUUCUGCGCAUGCAUGUGACAUCAUUUUGUGCGUCCGUGCAUGCGCGAGCGGCGAAACCCAGAAGUAACCCUUUCCGGUGCUUCCGGGUCACCGCAGGACGCAACCUGAAAAGACUUAACCUGAAGCAAAUGUAACAAGAGGUAUGACUGUAACAGGGAUUCCCCAGCAAGGCUUGCCUUGCUUUUAUCGCGAUGCACUGUUGAAAAAGUCAUCUCAAUUCAGAAUUGCUUCAAAGAAAAGAAGCUUCAGUUUUAAAAGGGGGGGGGAGGGGAAUCCUCCUAUGUAGCAAGUGCAAGUCUUCCUCAUGAUCACUUUGCAAAGGAGUCCUUGCCUGACACAGUUGCUUUGGCAUAAAACAGACACCAAAGACUGCUCCAAAUGUUACGACUGUUGGAAGAUCUCUUUUCCAUGGCAACCUUCCACAUGGAAGCAGAACCUUCUAUACACACUUCUUAACCCAUGUGAUUCCUAAGGAGAGGGCACCAGGACUCCACAGAAAGUGUGAUGCUCCUGAGUCAAGCGCUGUGAUUUGCUGGACAAGCCCACAGUAAGAAACUUUUAUACGUUGCUGCUUCUGCGUAAUGCGCUGGCAGAGGGACAAGCUUUCCCUCUGUUUGAAACAGAGCUGAACCAAAGUAGGAAUGGAUGCAUAUCAUUAUUAGUUUUCAUGUUAUUACAUUUCUAUCCCACCUUUCCUCAAAGUGGCGUACAUGGUUUUCUCUCCACUCUCCAUUUUAUCCUCACACCAACCCUGUGAGGUCACACUGAGAGAUGGCCACUGGCCCAAGGUCAGCUAAUGAGCUUCAUGGCUGAGCAGGGAUUUGAACUCUAGUCUCCAAGGUCCUAGUCUGACACUCUAACCACUACACCACACUGCCAUCUGUCCAUUUCUGUUUGUGGACCCACACAAAGUCAGACGUGGGUGCAAUAACUGACAGGUGAUGGCUUAAACAUGACCACAACAUUAUUAUGUUGCAGAACAGUCAGUUGUGGCGUCGUUCUGACGGUUGAUGUUGCUUUAGCGCUGAGGGCUGGCCUCGUGGCCCCAGCAAGGGGGCAUGCGCCUGCCCCAGACACAUGGCGCAUCAAACAGUGGCAAAGCCUGGCUACAUUUUCUAAUGGAUCAAGGGUAAGGAGCCUGCAGCCUGGGGAGCAAAUCCAGCCCCGGCUCUGCUUUGCAUGUUUUUGGGUGAUGGGAGCUGUCUUUGAACUCCAAUCCAGAGAGGUGUUUGAGAGCAUUUGCGUAGAAAGUAGCCUACCUUUUGUGUAAAGGUAAAAGUUUCAUGGGUGAGACAUGGGUGGGGCUGUGGGUUAAAGCACAGAGACUAGGACUUGCCAAUCAGAAGGUUGGCAGUUCGAAUCCCUGGGACGGGGUGAGCUCUCGUUGCUUGGUCCCUGCUCCUGCCAACCUAGCAGUUCGAAAGCACGUCAAAGUGCAAGUAGAUAAAUAGGUACCGCUCCGGCGAGAAGGUAAACAGCGUUUCCGUGCACUGCUCUGGUUCGCCAGAAGCGGCUUAGUCAUGCCGGCCACAUGACCUGGAAGCUGUACACCGGCUCCCUCAGCCAAUAAAGCGAGAUGAGCACCGCAACCCCAAAGUCAGUCACGACUGGACGUAAUGGUCAGGGGUCCCUUUACCUUUACCUUUAAAAGUUUCAUAAUUGGCUCCAAACACUUUUGCCUCCAACCCUGUCCACCCUUGUGGCCCUUGGGAAGUUGCACAGAAAGGAAUGCAGCCUUGGAUUGGAAAAAGUUUCCCUGCCCCUGUGAUAGGCGAUGGGGGCAUCCCCCCCCCCAGUGCAGCCCUCCCCACAGCGACUUUCAUCGGUGAUGUUUGUUCACUACUUAGAGAAAGAAUUCUCUCUGAGCUGUGUGAACAAUAAAAUUGCAUAAGACAGUAUAAUGUAUAUAAAAAAACCCAGUGCAUUAAAACAGCUCAGCAAUUAAAUUCAAGGCAAACACACAUCCAGAGCACAGCAGGAGACAAACGGCGCAUGCAUUGCUUAUCCAUUAAAAACUGUGCUUUCCUCCCACAUCUCUGCUGCUGUUCAGACAGCAAGUUCAGCCGCCCCAUCACACACUAUUAAUUUAUCACUGUGCUUAGCAUGCCAUUAGGUCUUCCGCAGCUGCAGGGAUUACAGGACCUGGUUUGUUUGUCGCUUGUUAGCUUUUUUUGGAAAUUUGCCUGUGUUUGCAUGACAUGCAAUAUCAAUUGCAUGCAGGGAAGAAAUCUGGGGGUUAUUGCAUCGCACCACUGUAAACAUGACUUUGGUGUUUCUCCUGCUAAGAACAUAAGAAGAGUCUGCAGGAUCAGGCCAGUGGCCUAUCUAGUCCAGCAUCCUAUUCUCACCCAUCCUGAGGUUUCCAGCAACUGGUAUUCAGAAGCAUACAGAGUCUAAUAUAGUGGAGGUACUAUUAACUGCGUUCCAAAGCUGUGCGAACAGAGAACUCAAAAGGAGAAAUAGCUCUAUAAGACACUACUAUGACACCAUAAUUCAACUUCCUAUUGUUAUUAAUAUUAUUAUUAUUGAAUAUAAAAUUAUAGAAUUAAAUACAGAAUUAAAAUAUAAGAACUUUUUUUUUUUUUUUGCAAAGCCUAAUAUAAGAAUAUUGAGAGACUGAUAUGAUUGUGUGUUAGGGAAGGUUGCCAUCUGCUGGGUAAUUUUAGGAACACAUGAACCAUGAGUCAUCAUAGAAUUGUAGAGUCGGAAGGGACCCUGAGGAUCAUCUAGUCCAACUCCCUGCAAUGCAGGAAUAUACAGCUGUCCCAUAUGGGGAUUGAACUUGCAACCUUGGCAUUAUCAGCACCACACUCUAACCAACUGAGCUACUGCUGUGAUAGGAAUUUUGAGGUCUUGGACAUAUGUUAAAUGUUCAUAAGUGUACCAACCAAGCACGUACAUAGAUCAGCACAGGAAGACUGACCUGAAACCAUUUUGAUUCCCAAACUGAGCAAAUUUUUUUCUCCGCAAGGUCAAAGGAAAAUGGAAAAGCCUCCCCAUUGUCUUUUCCUUCACAAAUCCUGUCUUAAGAUAUGAAUAGCGUGUGAAGCUGUGACCUGGCUCAGGAACUAAGUAUUUAUCAUUACAAAAGACUGGCCAGGCUCGCGAAGCUUUCCCCACCACUUACCUCACCUGCAUGCUAGAAAAAGACGAGCCUGAUAACUUUUAAAAGAUGCUCCGAAAGUGCUCAGAGCCUUUGACACCUGAGCUGUAUAUUUUCAGAACCCAUCCCGUAUUUUGUGGUUGCAUUCUCUGUAAUUUGGAAACUUUAAAAGCUGUUUUAAUGAUGUGUUUUAAGUUGCUGUGACUCAUUCUCUGGCCUUAGGGUGGGUAAUAAAUUUAAAGGAGGAGGAGGAGAAAGAAUAUCAACAAUAGUAUCAGCAACUAGUGCAAAUUCAUAAAGGGAGCUUCAACACACAUUAUUAAUAAGUGGGUAGUCAUAAGGAAUUGCUGAGAGAAAGUAGGGGGAAGUGCUGUUUUUGCUUCUGCCCCCCCCCCCCCAUUUCCAAUACAAUGAAUUGAUUGUUGGGGGUGGGAUCAGGGAAAAUUUAAUCUGAAGUGAAACUGGGCAAAAACCACCCCGUUUAGCAGGGUCACUUGUCUCCUGCAAAAAUGAGGGGGGUUUCAGAGGCCCUCAUGUUAUAUGGCUGUGGGUGGGUUUCUGUUGUGUUUUACCAUGAUGGAUAUGAGUUGAUAGAGGGUAGGGCUGGGCAAAUACAUCACUCUUGGGCCGGAUCUACACAGAUAUAAAAAACGCUAUGGAAAUGCUAUGGAAGAAAACUUGAGAUUAUAUAUAUAUAUAUAUAUAUAUAUAUAUAUAUAUAUAUAUAUGCAAUUAGCCAUUGAGCUUUACACCGCCAUCUGGUGUCACAUUUUUGUAAUGCACUUAUAAUGUUAUAAUUGCAGCUGUGUAGCUGACUCCCUAUUUUUUCUCUCAUUUUCGAAGUCUUAAAUCCAGUUCUUCUUUGCGUUGUUUUUUUUUAAAUUUAAAAAUUCCUCAUGAAAAUUAAUCGGCAUCUGAAUGCAUCAAUGGUUAUCUUUUCCUAAGAUACACAUUUUCUAUGCAAUUUUUGUGUCUAUAUGCAAUUUUUUUGCACACUUUACCACAUUGUAUGGCUCCUGGCCAACCCAAUCUCUGCCAAGCAGUGCACGAGAUUCUAAGGUGUCUUGGAAUUCAACCAGGGUCUGUGUUCUGUUGGGGGAAAUGAGGUGCGGUGGAGUCUGCGGUGUCUUUGAAAUACGAUUUAUUUACACAUAUUUAUACUGGAAGCUUUCAAUGAAGAGAGAGUUCACAGCAUUCACAUCUCAGGAGCAGCCCAUCCUUCACAGCAGCACAGCACUGGAUUCUCAGACAUCUCCAUGCUUCUUUCCCAACCUGCCAAGAUGGUUCUGGCCUUCACAGCAGCUCACAGAGUCCUUCUUCCCCAACCUCUAAAUUUCACAUCACACACCCGCCUCCUUGGCAACCUCGCCCCUCGCCAGCAGAGCCUCCUGCCUGGUUGAUGGCUUCCACUGAUGAAUUAAUGACUUUCUCCCCUCACCUUUUGUCACUUUUAAAGACUUCUAUCCCAGACCUUGGCCUGGAAAAGUAGCUUAGCCUGACAUUGUCCCUCCCAUACUCCAAAUAUUACCUGAAUCCUAAAGGUAAAGGGACCCCUGACCAUUAGGUCCAGUCGUGGCCGACUCUGGGGUUGCGGUGCUCAACUCGCUUUACUGGCCGAGGAAGCCGGAGUACAGCUUCUGGGUCAUGUGGCCAGCAUGACUAAGCCGCUUCUGGAGAACCAGAACAGCACACGGAAACACUGUUUACCUUCCCGCCGGAGUGGUACCUAUUGAUCUACUUGCACUUUCGAAUUGCUAGGUUGGCAGGAGCAGGGACCGAGCAACGGGAGCUCACCCCUUCGCGGGGAUUCGAACCGCCGACCUUCUGAUUGGCAAGCCCUAGGCUCUGUGGUUUAACCCACAGUGCCACCUGUGUCCCUCUGCCUGAAUCCUACCCUUCCUUAAUUUCUAACAUUACCUAACAUUCUAACCCUUGCACCCCCAAACUCUGCUACAUCAGACCUGAAAAAAUGUGCAUUGUUUGCUUGAAGAAUUGCAUUGCGAAAUUGGAAGAAGUGUGGAUUUUGAAGGAAGGCUGUGUUUCUUAUUCAUGUUGUUUUGGAAAGUUUGGAUUAGGUAGGCUCCCCUUCAGACCUGCAAGCUGGAAAGAGUCGGGCUUUUCUUCCCUCACAGGUAUAGGCAGGAAUUCAAGGCAUUUGCUCUUGGCAAGAACAAUGCUACUAUUACUGAUAAAUCUGGUGAAAGAUGUUCUCAUUUCGCAUUAAUAAAACUUCACAUGACUGGCACAGUGGAGGGGAGAUGGAGAAAUUGGGGGCGUCCAGCCAGACUCAGCCAGGGUGGUCCAGGGACGCUGCUGGGAUGCAGGCUGAGAUCGAUGGCUCCAAAACACACCAGCUUGUACCCAGUUAGGGCCUGUGCUGCCAACUGCACCAUAUGUACAGAAGGUAGAAAAGUCUAGCCAACCCCUUAAGCCAGCAGACAACACUCCCUUUGGAUUCUAGCACCACAGCCCGCCCUCCUAAUAUUCUUUUGCUAAUGAGCAUUCAGAUUAUCUCAUUUCCCCCCUAUCCUUGCAAGCUUGCUUUUAAAAAGAAAGGAUAUGGGUUGUUGGUUCUUCCCCCCCUCCUUCAUCACCUUGCUUUCCCAAAUGAUCAUUGUUAUGAAUGAUCAAGGCUGGCUCCACGGGGCGAUUUGGUCAAGGCAUUUGCCAAGGCCCCAAGGCAGCUGCUCCAAAACGCAUCAGUGUCAGCAUGUAAUCGAUGAGUUAUGCCUGCCUUGCCAACUCUGGCAUAUGCACGGAAGUCUGGCCAAUGCAAAGGACCCAUCAUCAGGACACCGUCAUCCGUUUUUACUUUGUACCCAGGAAGAUCGGAGGCAGCCUCUUCCAGCCGUGUGGGGUUCAUAGGCAGUGUGUUAGGCUUGAACUGGGGAGAACCUGGGUCCAAAUCUCCGGUUGGCUGUCAGGCUCGCAGGGGACUCUGAGGCUGUGUGUCAGCCUGACCUACCUCACAGGACUGUUGUGAGGACAAAGUUGUGGUGGCGGCGAAACAAUGUUUAAUGCCCAAAACUCCUUAGAGGAAGCGUUAUGGUUAAAGCAGGCAUGUGGAAACCUCAAACAAAAGGCUUCAAAGUUCAUUUGAAAAUGUGUUUUCUUGAGAGAGAAGACAUUUGGAAAAGUUAUUUUGUAAGAAAAUAUGUUUGAAUAUACACAUUUAAAUGUGCGUUUAAAUGCACGUUUUCAUACAAAGUUUUUUUUUUUUAAGAAUUCAGAUAAAUGUGGAAACAGGAUGAAAUAGUGAACAGAGUUAAAAGUGUUAGAUAGAUGAUUCACUCAUUCCAAGCCUGAUCCAGCAAAAUAAUAAUAAUAAUAAUUUUAAAAUUGCCAUAUGCUUUUUUCCUUUUCCUUUUCUAACUCCAAGGGAGAGAUAUUUACCUCCCUCCCUUCCCAGCUAAACACAUGGAAAGUGUGUGUGUGUGUGUGUGUGUGUGUGUGUGUGCAUCUUAUCUGCUGCAAUGUUAGAACUUUCUCUGAAAUGCAACCCCAGUGGUGUGAUAUUCAUAAUAUUGAUGAUAAUGAUGAUGAAGACGAUGAUAAUAACAACAAUGGUAAAUUAUUAUAGCACAUUUUUAUUUCACUUAAAUUGCUUCUUCCUGACAACGCCAGAAGGAAAAAAGGAGCGAAAGGGACAGGGGAAAAGAAAAUUACCGUCAAAUCACAUCUAUAGGUUUACUGCAGGGAAAAGACCCAAACAAAGCUUCAUACAGAAAUAUUGAUUUUUAUAUACAUGCAUACCAAUUAAAAAGAAUUAUUGCCCUGCUGCAGAUCCCCUGGAGCCCCCACAAAGAAUGGAAAAAGAAACAUUAAAGGGACUAAAGGGGAAAUGCCUUGGCUCUGAAAACCAUUACUCAAUAGCUGAAGAGCGACCUUGUCAGAAAGUGAAAGCACAGCAGUAUCCUUGCAUUCCAGGGACAAACCCAGGUCGGGGUGGACUUUAGUCUUUCAAAUUUGAGGGACCUCCUAUGCAAGGCUGAAGUUCAGCACCCUCUCACCUUUCGUUCUGCUCAAUUUAUUCUGUCCUUGUUGAGAAGCCCUGCAGUGCCCCCUAGGCCUAGCACCCAGGUCGCGCUGCCCGAAAUCUGCCUUCGCUCUGGUGGCGACUUCGAAUGGGGUCUUGGAGGAGUUUGGAUUUGAUAUCCCGCUUUAUCACUACCCGAAGGAGUCUCAAAGCGGCUAACAUUCUCCUUUCCCUUCCUCCCCCACAACAAACACUCUGUGAGGUGAGUGGGGCCGAGAAACCUCAGAGAAGUGUGACUAGCCCAAGGUCACCCAGCAGCUGCAUGUGGAGGAGCGGGGAAGCGAACCCGGUUCACCAGAUUACCAGUCCACCGCUUUUAACCACUACACCACACUGGCACCUCCAACUCCUUCCAUCUGCAUAUUGUCACCAGAGUCAUCACAGGUUGUUCCGAGAGAAGGCCAAGCUCUCCAGGCACCUUCCUAUGCCUGCCCCAUCGCUGCAGUGUGAUGUAUCACAUUAAAAGGAAGGGAGAAGCGUCGCCAACAAGGAGACAGAUUUGCGUAAAAUUAUGCAAACUGCUUAUCUAGAUAUCCAGAUGCAAAUUUGGAAAAAAAUUAUAGAAUUUAACUAGAAAUGCAAUUCAUCUUCCCACACAGUGACCAGGUAUCCUCAUGCCCACCUAGUUUGCCCAGGUGAUAACUGUUGAUGGGCAACUUCAAGUCUCCUUUGACUUUCCCUUUGUUUGGUUCUUUUAUCCAAACCUUCAAAUAGAGGACUGCCCUCUGUAAACAAGGACACACAUCUUCCCUCAGCAAACAGCUGCAUCCAGGGUGGAGCCACUGGGAGGAUUGUUGACCUCCCUCGUUUAAUUAUCCCUAUUUUGUAGGUGGAAUUCAGAGCACAGUGAGGACCAGCAACUUGUCCAUGACACUCAUGGCAUAUGUAGCAACAGACAGUCACAGCAUGGAGUUCCCCCAAUUCCCAUUUAUCUUUUUUUAUGAUAUCAAUUGUGUACAAUUUUGCUUUCCCUCCCUCCUAUUUACGCAGGAACUGGUGUGCCUACGUUCACACAAGACUCCAGCCCACCAUCGUGGUUGACAACAUAGAAACGUAUGCAUCGGGCAGAGCCAAGCCAUGCACCUGGAUUGCAGGAUCCUGCGGAUCAAGGUAUAGCUGUCUUCCACCCUACCCGUCCCAAUGGAUGCCGGUUUUUAUAAGCUUGCAAAGUGAUGAAUUGGAGGAGUGGUCCAUUGCAGCACACAGGUAGCUGCUAUCAGGUAGAAAGUGAUUGGCCCAAGGUCAUCCAGCUGAACUUCACGGCUCAUGACGGAUGAGAACCCGUGUAUCCCUCACCAACAUUCAAUGUACGAACUUCCACACAAUCCUUUGCCAGCUAAUUGUUGUGUGGCUUUCAGCUGAUCCUAAUAAAAUGGGUAUUUUGCCAUGUAACAACUUGAGAAGGGGCCUGCUGGAUCAUAGAACUGUAAAGUUGGAAGGGACCCUGAGCAUCUAGUCCAAUCCCCUGCAAUGCAGUUAUCCCAUACAGGGAUCGAACCCGCAACAUUGGCAUUUUCAACACCAUGCUCUAACCAGCCAAAGGCCAUUGAGUCCAACAUAGUAUUUUCAUGAUGGCCAACCAGAUGCUUAUAGGACUUGAGCGGGAAAGCCCUUUCCCCUCUUGUAAUUCCAGCAGCUAGAAUUCAGAUGCUUCUCUCUCUCUCUCUCUCUCUCUCUCACACACACACACACACACAGAGAGAGAGAGAGAGAGAGAGAGAGAUCAGCACAGCUGCCUACAGACUCUCUGUGUGAGCAUGACUCCAUGAUGAAUUCCUUGUGCAUUUCAAAACUUACUACUGCACCACUGGUGAAUUUCCCCCUGUACCUUACAAACCUGUUCCAAACACUCACCAUUUCCCACUAGGUGGCAGGUUUGCAUAUACCUAAGAAACAACAGAGGCAUCGAAGCAAUUUAAAAUCCAGACCAUCUCCUCUCAUAAAACUCAUACCCUUUUUUUCAAUUUUCAAGUCUCUCUUGCUCAAUCUGAGAUAUUCUCUGACCAAGAAUGAGAAGAGAGAGGGAGAGGGAGAAGGAGAGAGAGAGAUUGAUUCCAGAGCCAUUCUGUAUUUCAACUGGGCAUGGAUUUGUGUCUCAGAAUCUUUUCUUCUUUGAGUCAAGUCAGGCUAUAGUAUUAGUUUUAGCUCAGAUUUUAACUUAAAGAGCUGAGUACAGUAUAACAGAUUUACAACCCAAGGCAAUCUGAACAGUUUAUUUAUCCUUGCAGAGCAAUAUAUAUGUGAAAGGGACUUUAAGGCAUGAUGAGGAAAAACCUUUGAAAUACUCAGCUGGCAAUCGACUUAUCCUUACAAUGGCAUAGUACAUUCACGUAAUUUUGCUUACUCAUUAGCACAUGGUAGUCAGGAGUUUCUCAACAGGAGUUUCAGCAUCAAAACCAACACUCAGUUCAAGCAUAGCGGUGGGGUUAUUUCUUACAUCCGAAUGCAGGAACGACCACAUCUAAGAAGGACCUGGUAGAUGAAGGGAACGCAGUGGAUGUAGCCUACCUUGAUUUCAGCAAGGCAUUUGACAAGGUGCCUCAUGAUAUUCUUGUAAAGAAGCUGGUAAAAUGUGGUCUUGACUAUGCUACCACUCAGUGGAUUUGUAACUGGCUGACUGACCGAACCCAAAGGGUGCUCAUCAAUGGUUCCUCUUCAUCCUGGAGAAGAGUGACUAGUGGGGUGCCACAGGGUUCUGUCUUGGGCCCGGUCUUAUUCAACAUCUUUAUCAAUGACUUGGAUGAUGGACUCAAGGGCAUCCUGAUCAAAUUUGCAGAUGACACCAAAUUGGGAGGGGUGGCUAACACCCCAGAGGACAGGAUCACACUUCAAAACGACCUUGACAGAUUAGAGAACUGGGCCAAAACAAACAAGAUGAAUUUUAACAGGGAGAAAUGUAAAGUAUUGCACUUGGGCAAAAAAAUGAGAGGCACAAAUACAAGAUGGGGACACCUGGCUUGAGAGCAGUACAUGUGAAAAGGAUCUAGGAGUCUUGGUUGACCACAAACUUGACAUGAGCCAACAGUGUGACGCGGCAGCUAAAAAGCCAAUGCAAUUCUGGGCUGCAUCAAUAGGAGUAUAGCAUCUAGAUCAAGGGAAGUAAUAGUGCCACUGUAUUCUGCUCUGGUCAGACCUCACCUGGAGUACUGUGUCCAGUUCUGGGCACCACAGUUCAAGAAGGACAUUGACAAACUGGAAUGUGUCCAGAGGAGGGCAACCAAAAUGGUCAAAGGCCUGGAAACGAUGCCUUAUGAGGAACGGCUAAGGGAGCUGGGCAUGUUUAGCCUGGAGAAGAGGAGGUUAAGGGGUGAUAUGAUAGCCAUGUUCAAAUAUAUAAAAGGAUGUCACAUAGAGGAGGGAGAAAGGUUGUUUUCUGCUGCUCCAGAGAAGCGGACACGGAGCAAUGGAUCCAAACUACAAGAAAGAAGAUUCCACCUAAACAUUAGGAAGAACUUCCUGACAGUAAGAGCUGUUCGACAGUGGAAUUUGCUGCCAAGGAGUGUGGUGGAGUCUCCUUCUUUGGAGGUCUUUAAGCAGAGGCUUGACAACCAUAUGUCAGGAGUGCUCUGAUGGUGUUUCCUGCUUGGCAGGGGGUUGGACUCGAUGGCCCUUGUGGUCUCUUCCAACUCUAUGAUUCUAUGAUUCUAUGAUUCUAUGACCCUCUUUGCACAUUAUGCUUUGUUCUGCUUAUGUUUUUAGGUAAUGUGUGAAUUAGACUGGACUUUCCUUCACUGGAGGCUUUUAAACAGAUGGCCAUGUGACUGGGAUUCUUUAGCUGUGAUUCCUGCAUUCAGGGAGCUGGACUAGAUUUCUCUUGGAGUCCCUUCCAACUCUACAAUUCCAUGAUUCUAUGAGAUGUACAUGUGUUUAUAUCAUAAAGAUCAGGGCUUUUUUCCAGGCAAGUGUUUCAUCAAUAAGGGAAAGGGAAGCCCCAAUCCAACAGGGCUUAUGUGGGAGAGCAGCAGCAGCAGCAAGUGAGCCUUCCAGGUCCUGUUACUUUGCCCAUGUGAAGACUUUCUUGCCAGCCCAGUGGCCUCCCAGUCAUCACUAUGAAACCCCACCUUCUUCCACAGAAGCCACAUUGUAAUAAUACCUCUGUGACUCACCUUCCACACAUAUGUCCCUAUUACAGACAUAUCCUUAGAAACAGCCAAAAUAAUUUACAAACAGUACAAGCGCAACUGAACAGAGGUUUUUAAAAACAUACAAAACAAAUGCCUGAGGCGCAGAUCUUUUCAUUCAGCUGGAAAACCUACUGACAGCAUAUAAUUGCUGUGAGGUUACUGCUGUGGUUUUAGCAUGGAUUCUAAAGCCAAGUUUUGUGUGUUUGAGUUUUUAAUCAGGCUCAGCAUAAAUGGAUAAAAUGGAUUAUAAUGUAUAACAGGCAUUGACUGGCAGAGGUUCUCCGUGGACAGCAGAUGCCCUUCCACUGAGCUACAGUGCCUUCCCCAAACAAACAUGGCUGCUGUACUACUUGAGCACAAAGCCAUAACUCACACAACGAGAUGUGUGGAUACCAGGUGCCCACAACUUGUGUUUUGCAUUGUGAGAUUAACUUGGAGAGCUAUAGCCUUUCAGUAUUCACCAGGGAUAACUAAGUGCCCUCCAGACUAACUAACAUGACCCAUGGCCAGGGCUGAUGGGAGCUGAAGUCCGACAACAUCUGGAGGACACAAUGAUGACUACCGCUGGCAUGGGCAUUAUAAGGCAGUAGGGUCAGACUGAUGUCCUGCAAGUUCCUUGCCAUGCAUUCCAGAUGUCAACACCACUAGUGUGUGUGCUUCUGCCUCGAAGGCCAUCUUAAGCAGACUCCUUUGGUAAAAAAUAAGUAUGAAGACACCUAGGAAGCAGUUUGGUUUCAGAAAUCUCCACGUUAAUUAUGUGUUCCUCUAGAAAACCAAGACGGUUCCCGGGGACUCACUUGAGCAGAAGCGUUGAGUGGACAUGAAUAUUUUGGAACUGAAUUCCGUGCUCUUAAUGACACAUAUUUGCUGGGCUGCUUAUUCAUAGUCAUGCUGAAGCGCGAGGCAUAAUUUUAGCUACUUAAAAAUGAAUAUUUACCCAGUUUGCCCUUAGCCCACUGCACUCCCAAGCACUCAUUUUUGCCCCCGCGAAGGGAAUGAAAAUUCAAACAGAAACCUCUAUGGCAAGGACUACAAAUAGGAUGGCUUUUUUAUGUAAUUUGCUUUUUAAUUUAAGUUGUUGUUUCCCUCCUUUCGUUUUUAAUGAGAUUUUCCUUCAAGUAAGGAAUGAGCACCGUCCUCUCCUAUGGCAUUUGUCACAGUCUUCUGGUUUCUCGAGGAAGAACCUGCAUCCUCCUUUCUCUGCUUCAUAAAGCAACUGGAGCAAGGACAAGUCAGACCAACAGAACAUGAUCCAUGCCAGGGAUAGGGAACUUCUGGCCUGGGCUCCACAGAUGGCCCUCUAAGCCCUCUCUGUGGCCCCUGGGACUCUCCCCAAGCCGCACACCCUUACUGACCCUGCUUGCUUCCUACCUGCUUCUUGCCCUCCCAGAUUCAAAAUCACUGAGCAUAAUAACAAGAGGGGUUGGUGGCUAUGAAACUGGAUUUUGGGCAGUGCACAUUGGGCUAAUACGUUUUGCAGGGUUUGGGUUUUAUUGUGUAAAACCAACCGGUGCGGGGAGACUUGGGUUAAAGUGGGAGGGUGUAAUGGACUUGCAGGAGUCGGAGCAAUGGGAGGCACCAGCUGGGGAACCCCCAAGAUGAGAAGGCUCAGAGCCAGGGGGCUGGUGCUGGGAUGACAGUGAGUGGCCAGAGGGAGAAGAAGGAGGAGGAGGUGUCGGAAGCUGAAGAGGCAACAGGGUUUAAUGAGCAGGGAGAUUGUGGCAGAGAGCAGUCUAGAACCAGAGGCAGAAGCGGAGGCUGGCCACGAAGCAGUGAUGGGUCAUGCUUGUGGAAGGCACAGGUGUCCCACCCAUCCUGCUGCAAUGAGCAUGAAGCGGGAGGAGCAAAGACAGGUACGCAGGCACAGUCUCCGAUUGCUUGGGAAAAGCCCUGGAGAGGAGGAGACAUAGCUGGCUAUUGGGAGGCGGGAACCUUUAGUCCUGGCAACUGCCUCAUAAGGGCAAUUUCUAUCGGUUUGACAUCCUGAGCUGUCUUGUUUCUUUGAAUAAAGACUUAACUUCACUGAAACUGUGCGAGUUAUUGCUGACUGGCUCCUGGCAUCUGCUCCUGACAGAGGGGGAAACCCUCUGGAUUUGGCUUGUACAUUAUAUUAGAUGUUGACAUCUACCAUUCACCCCAAAUUUCUGCCUUCCAGGGACAUGAAGGAGUGCCCUUUCUUCCAUGAACGUGCCUGAGCAUUAAGAAAAGCCCCCAUGGCUCUGCUUUUAAUCUCUUUGGCGUCGAUGGGUGGAUGUUGACAGGAAACAGGGCCUUUUCAGUUGUGGCUCUUCAUCUCUGGAAGGCUCUCCCCAGAGACACCCCCUUCAUUUCUUUAUUUUAUUUUUUUGGUCAGAUAAAACCUAUAUAAGCUGCCCAGGCCUUCUAACAGCUUGAUAUCUUUUUAGUGGGUUUAUAUUGCUUUGUUAUUGCUCUGUUGUAUCUUGUUAUCUUUGUGGGAUUUUUUUAUUAUAAAAAAAUAUGGUUUUAACGUUCCAUUGCCCAACUUUGGAAGCUGCUCCAAGAUCUUUUGCUGAAGAGUGGCUAAGAAGUAUUUUAAAUCAAUGCCUACAUAAAUAAAUAAAACCACCCCCCUGCCUCCUCAACUCUUAAUUUCAACUGUGCUCCUGAGGUCUUUAUUUUCACUAGGUUUGACACGAGGCUGUUCUGUAAAAGCGUUUGCUUGUGGUCUUGUACAGGACGCAAUCAAUAGACUUCAAAAAUAAUCCCUCAGUGGCCUAUUACUGAUGUAUCAUCCUGUAUCAUGUCCAUUCAUCUGAGACAGAGCCCCGCUAACGUUUGCUUUCCAAAUCACCUUGCAGCUCCCAGUCAAGGACUCGCCAAGCUUACAGGGUCAAACAUAUGAUAGUGACAUCACUGGACUGGAAGUGCUGCCCCGGAUACAGCGGAGCAACGUGCCAGCCAAAAGGUAUGGGAAGCGAUGGAAAUAUUAACCCUUCCUGGCAGGCAAUCUGACCUGGCUACAAAAUGGCUGGAAGCGGGAGGGAAUCUGCCUGCGGCAGAUGGAAAUGGAAGCCCUUCCAGAUCAGGUGUGGGGAAGCUCUGGCCCACCAAAUGUUGCUGAACUACAACUCCCAUCAUCCCAUGCUUGUCAAGUACAGUGGAGGAUGCUGUCACAUUAGCGACGUUGUCGGUCUGUUUGGGUUCUGGAUGUUUAAUGGGGGUCACCUUUGAACAGGCAGCAGAAUGUCUUGGAUUGGCUCUGCGGGAGUGUUGGACAAACCAGGAAGAGUAUGGUCUUAAUCCCAGCUGAUCCUAACAAAACAGGCACAGCAAAGGAAUGAAUCUUCAGUAUAGUAUCACAGGCGCCAACGCCUAGUGCAAAAGUGCCUCAGACCCAUCCCAAUUUAUUUUUUGAGGGAGCUGAUCCCCCUCAAUGUUCAGCGGGUUUUCAGCUCCACCCCCUGGCUCCUCAGAACGUCACGUACAAGAUGUCAGGACGUCUUGUGAUGUCAGCCACAGGACAUUGCAUUGGACCCCCUCAAUCAUCCGGAGAAGAUGGUGCCUCUGGUUAGUACGGUGGUUAGUUUGGCCCUAGCAGAAGAAGCCUGUCUGGUUCAAAGAACCAUUUCAUAAAGUAAUUACUCAGCAAAUGCCUCUUGUUUAAAAAUUAAUCCACCUAGAGUAGCUUGACCCCCCUGACUUUUUAAGGUACGCUGUCUCUGAAUGUAUUUUAGCCAGAGGGCAUACAUUUAGACACUCAAUCCCAUUCCCAUUGAAGUCAAAGCAAAUUUAUAGCCGGGGCUUCAUUUGGAUUAAGAUUGAGGCAGAUGGCAAAAUGCCACGCAGACUAUUGCACCGACCUUGCGUGAAACAUUGCCUGCUUGAGACAGGGAGUCCUGUAUUUUACGAUUGCGCCCGUGAUCAAACAUAUGGCAAGUGUGUCGUGGUUUAACAGGCUUGCGACUGCUAUUACUUGCUCGUGGCCUUAUACAAGCUCCCCUUGAAAAAUAAGAUAUGGCAUCCACAUACAUAUUUUAAAUGGAUGAAUAUUACAAGAAAUGCCAUUAGCUGCGGUAGGGAACUCAAUCAUCGUCGGUAGAGAAGAGGCUGUGAUUAAAAAUUUAUGGGCAAAAAUGUGGAGAAGUCACUGCUGUUCGCAUCUAAGAGAAGGAAAUCUUAAUACUGGCGGCGGCACGGGAAUCCCCUGUGGAAACAAGAGUCUCUCUUAUACAUGGCUGAAAAAAGGUAGAUGUUUUGGAUUAACUCUAAUUGGGACUGUUUGUUCGUCAUGCUUUUACAUCUGGGAUCCCAGGCAACAUGGAUCUAAAAUGUUUUCAAGGCUUCAUAGAAUCAAAGAAUGGUAGAGUUGGAAGGGACCCCCAGGGAUCAUCCAGUCCAACCCCCUGCAAUGCAGAAAUCUCAGCUAAAGUAUCUAUGAAAGGUGGUCAUCCAACCUCUGCUUAAAAACCUCCAAGGAAGGAGACUUGUUGCUCUUGUCAUUAUUGGACAAUAGCCACAGUUCCAUGAGCAUGAGUUGGAUCUUGGGCCUCAGGUUUCCCUUUUGCCCCCCAACCCAAAAAGAAAGCCUACUCUGAAGGGUUGGCAGAUAAUCCAGAAGAAAAUAGGAGCCUAGGCAUAGACCUUACCAUUGGUCCAUCCAUAUCAGUAUUGUUUGCAGUAACUAGAAGCAGCUCUAUGGGUUUUAGGAAGGGAUAUUUAGCAACCCUACCUAUAAUAAAUAAUAAAUUUUUAUUUAUACCCCGCCCUUCCCGGUUCAAAAACCGGGCUCAGGGUGGCUAACAACAAAUUUAAAACACUUAAUUGAUGCAACAAAAAACAGCAUAAAAUACAGUAUAAAACACAAAUAACAAUAAAUUCAGAAUUCAAAAAUCAAUUUAGGGGGGAAAUCCAUCCAAUAAACAUUAGAUGAUCACCAGGGCUAGCUGGCUAAAUUAGUCCUAUUUGGGCCAGCGUGGAGACCAGGGGAGAAUUAGCUGUGGGAUCCCAGAGCGGGUAAUCUUCAUAAAAAGGGGACGGGGAGGGAAGGAAGGGGAAUAAAAGAUCAGGCUAAGUUCAAGUUGAAAGCCAGGCGGAAUAGCUCUGUCUUACAGGCCCUGUGGAAGGAGGUUAAAUCCUGCAGGGCCCUGGUCUCAUGGGGCAGAGCAUUCCACCAGGUCGGAGGCAUCACUGAGAAGGCCCUGGCCCUGGUGGAGGAUAAUCUAACUUCCUUAGGGCCUGGGACCUAGAGAUACUGGGGAUUGAACCCAGAGGCUUCUGCAUGGAGAGCAGGUGCUCUGCUACUGAGCAAAGGCCCUUCCCUAUGGGAAGUUGCAGGGGCCAGUCCAAAAGGAGGGGGCAACCAGAGAAAACAACAUUUCCUUGCUUCACUUCCAUGUGCUCUGCAGGACGGAAGGUCUGCUUACCUGAACAGAAGGGAUGUGCUGUAUCCAAGCCAUAGCAACCACUGUGAUGUCCACAGUGGAUAAGCAGUGCCUUGCUGGGAAAUUUUAUUGGGAUUGAUGAACUUGAGGUUGUCCUUCAGAGGUUCUGAUUGGCUAAGACAGGGAUGCGGAACCUGUGGUCCUCUGGAUAUUGUAGGACUACAACUCCUUCCAGCCCCAGCCAGUGUGAGGAAUGGUCAGUGGGGGUGAUGGGAGUUGUAGUCCAACAACAUCGGGAGGACCACAAGUCUAAGGUCACAGUACUCCUGAAUAGGCCCACUAAAAUUAAUGAGGGCUCCACAAGGGUAUGGAAGAGCACACAUCUUCCUAGUACAUCUUCCUGAGGUUAAUAUGCCUCCCCUUCAACCAUUUUUCUGGCCCACAACCUAUUAACAAAAUGGAACACUAAUGUGAUAGUCCCUGCAUCUGAAUGAACCCUGAGCAGGUGCACACAGGUCAGCUAGUCAGAGUCUUCCUCACUAUAGUAAGAGGUAUUGAAUUUCUAUUUAAAUUAUAUAGUUUCUAAAGUUGCAUUUAUGCAUAUAAAUCAGGGUAUGAAAAUUUUAGGAAAGCCCUCUUCUCUGAUGAAACAUUCCUUCUUCUUUUUCGGCAAGGCACCGUGCCCCAAUUUUGAAAUUUGCUUCUCACCCACCAUGUUGGCAUCUCUCUCUCUCUCCCCUGCGUGCAAAUUCCAAAUGGCAACGGGCCAUCAGAUUCUGAAAGCCAGCAAAGUUUAUUUAAGCAAAAUCUCAAGGCAGGCUUGGAAGUUUCUGCUCAAGUGAGAAUUUCAAGUGAAACUAGAAAAGUUGCAGUAAGACAAGUGAAAUUUAUUGGGAAGGUUCUGUCUUAGGAUCUACAGAAAACAUAAAUGCAUGUUGCUAGCCCAAAUGUGCUAUGGAUGUUUCCUGCCUCUUACAGUAUUGGGAGUUGGAGUCUAACAUCUGAGCUCCAAUACGGCAGAAUUUCUCUUUGGCUUCCCAAAAUUUCAGAGGUCUGCUGCAUAGUAACUCAGAGUGGGGCUUUCUGUGUGACUAUCCCACUUCUGUGAAAAAGAAUUCCUCUACUUACUGGGUACAGCUGAAAACAUGUUUGUUUUGACAAGUUUUUCGAGCUCAGUGAAAAAGUCUCUGCCUUUGGGGUUCAUGUUGUGUUGUUUUUAAACCAAAUCUUCAGUUGUUUACAUGGUUUUUUAAAAAACUGUUUUUUAGUUGUCUUUGAGGUAUUUUUUGCAAAUUACCUUGGGACCCAUAUAAAGGCAACCAAUUAACUAAUUAAAUAUAAAUGUUUCUGAAAACCCACGUGGGAGUCCUUUCAACAGAACCUGUUUUUGUCAGGUGCAAAGAAUUUUCAGUCCAGCGACUAAUUCUAAACAGAAGACGAAAAGCUCAACAUUUAUAGACUUUUCCCAGUAGAUGGCUGUAUAAUGUUCACAAUAACAGGAGGCCAACUGCAGUAUAGAGCAGCAGACAAAGGAGAAGAAUUAAGAGUUAAGCCCGUCUACAAAAUUCAUUGGGGAUUUAUUAAACCGGUGUAAGCAGUCAAUGAAACGACUCCUAAGAGGAAUCACACUACUUUUAGGUGUGCUGCCCAUUAUCAGUCACUGUUGCAGAAUGAGAGUUCCCAGAGUUCUCUGGGAAGAGAGAUGGAUGGUUCAACCACCCUGGGAACUGUAGUACCCUUAACAAAACACCACUUUCCAGCAUUCUUUGGGGGAAGCCAUGACUGUUUAAAGUGGUAUCCUAGUGCUUUAAAAGGGACGCAGGUGGCGCUGUGGGUUAAACCACAGAGCCUAGGACUUGCCGAUCAGAAGGUCGGCGGUUCAAAUCCCCACGACAGGGUGAGCUUCCAUUGUUUAGUCCCAGCUCCUGCCAACCUAGCAGUUCUAAAGCACGUCAAAGUGCAAGUAGAUAAAUAGGUACCGCUCUGGCGGGAAGGUAAACUGGGUUUCCGUGCGCUGCUCUGGUUUGCCAGAAGCAGCUUAGUCAUGCUGGCCACAUGACCCGGAAGCUAUACGCCGGCUCCCUCGGCCAAUAAAGCGAGAUGAGCGCCGCAACCCCAGAGUCGGCCACGACUGGACCUAAUGGUCAGGGGUCCCUUUACCUAGUGCUUUAAAUGUAUCAGAUAGAACUGUAGAGUUGGAAGGGACCAUGAGGGUCAUCAGACUAGAUGACCCCCCCGCAAGGCAGAAAUCUUUUGCCCAACAUGGGGCUCAAACCCACGACCUGGAGAUUAAGAGGCUCGUGCUCUACCAGCUGCGCUAUCCCAGGUGGUAUAGCCUAAUAUAUUUUAAGUGGAACAUAGGAAAGUGCCGUAGAACAUAUAUUCCUCUAUCUAGCCCCAUAUCGUCUCCUCUGAACGGCAGCAUCUCUACGUGGUUUCAGGCAGGGAUAUUUCCUGCUACCUAGUCAUUUGAAUUGGAAAUGCUGGGGUUUAAAACUGUGACUACAGAACGCAAAGCAGGCACUCUUUCUGUGAGCUUUGGCACCUCCUUGAAGAGCGGACCUGAAAAAUACGAAGCACAAGAGAUACAAAGAGGAACUUAUCAGAUGCAUGCUCACCCCAGAGUCACGAUUGGCUGCAGCUAUUAACUGUACACUCAGUGGCAAACCCAUGCUUGCCUCUGGGUAUUAUGUGAAAUAGUCCACCUUUAAAGGGUGCGUGUGAAGCUGAAAGGAAGAGAGGGGAUUGUGAAAUCUGCAUCAUAUCUCAAAGCAACCACCUAGCUGAUUUAAUUAGGAGGGUUCUGCAAGGAUUGACUGGGGGGCGGGGGAAGCACCUUCACAUUGUCAGCCCGUAUAUUUGGGAACAAAAGAAUGGUAAGCGGAAGAAUAAAAGGACAUCCAUCAGGUGGCCCUUUAUCACCGGAGAGUAACUGAUUCCCCCCGUCACAGAUUGUAUCGUCACGCUGCCACCUGAUAAAUCCUAUGUAAUUAAUUGGGAUGAAUGCAAGUAUUUAACUCCUGUUGACAGCUAUGGCCUUAUGAAGAUAACAGCGGCCACUGAGAAUGUGAGCCGAGCUUCCAGCUUACAUUGCAGCCUUGACUGCUGCUAUGAUAGGCUUUGAGGACAGCUAGAUCUCACAGGCCCCUGUGGAGCACCUAAUUGUUGCUUUUUGCAAUUACAGCAGAUAGAAGGUAUUUGUGUCAUCUGGAAGGCUUGUUCAUCCUGGGGCUCCUGCAUUUUGGAUAGUGUCAUCCUAUCUGUCAGUCAGGAAGCAUGCGAGCCUGGGAAGUGCCCAAGAGUCAGCUAGGAGACACCUGCCAAAAUCUUGUCUGACCCAGAUCCUGGAAACACCUCUUCUGAGAAAGAGGCUUGGGGCCCUGAUAAGAGCCCCACUUCAACAGAGACUUGAAGAAAUCCACAGUGGUUCAAAGGCAGCCCGAAGAGCCUCAUUGCCACAGGAUUGCAUCCUCCUGGCCCCUCAUCCCACCUGGCUGCCUUAGUCAGCCAGGUGUCUCCUAAGGAGGAAGGGUCCACAUGGGAUGAAAAAUCUAGGGGCAUAGGUGUGAUGGCCUGGGACUCGGGCUCAGACUCAGAGCCAGAGCCAGAGGAGUCUCAGUCCGCACCGGAUCCUUUGCCUCAGGCAGCAGCUGAACCUAGUCUGGGGUCUGAUUCUGAAGAGCCCCAGUCUGUACAGGUUCCCCUGCAACAAGCACCAGUUGGGCCGAGUCAGGGGCCUGAGCCUGCCCUGGCUUCAGAUGCGGGGAUUACCUUGUUGCCUUCAGCUGGGCCAUCACUUACAGCUUCUCCACUACCGGUUGGGUCAGGGGAGGCAGAGGCGGCCUCUGGGUCUAGUAACCCAUUGACAUCUCCCGAGCUGCAGAGACAGGAGAGACCUGAGUACUCGCAGGAGGAGUGCUCGCCUUUGGGUGAGACAGGGAGGUGAUUCACCGGGGGAUCAGGACCGGCCGUUACCCCGACAGAGAUAAAAAGCUGCUGGACCCUGCCCCAGGUUGUGGGAGCAAUGUUGCUGUUUGCCAGAACCUGCCUGUGAUCCUGUGCCUGACCUUGCCUGGUUUCCUGCCUCGUGUCCUGCCUUGGCCCUGUUGGACUGACUACUCAUGGAACCCUUGGAUUCGGGACUGGACCUGGACGGCGUUACUUGGGUUACCCCCGGGCCCAGCACAAUAGGAACACAGGAAACUUCCUUAUCCUGAGCCAGACCACUGGCCCAUCUAGCCCAGUAUUAUCUACAAUGACUGGCAGCAGCUCUCCAGAAUUUCAGACAGGAUUCUCUGCCAUCCACCCUACCUGGGGAUUCAACCUGGGACAUCAGAACUCAUGGACAUCCAAUGAGGCUGAAUGUUGGAAGAUUCAGGACAGAUGCAAGAAUGUACUUCUUCAUGCAGUGCAUGAUUAAACAUAAUUAAACCUUUAAAGCUCUAAAGGGCCUCAGUCCAGUAUACCUGAGGGAGCAUCUCCAGCCCCAUCGUUCUGCCUGGACACUGAGGUCCAGUGCCGAGGGCCUUCUGGCGGUUCCCUCACUGCGAGAAGCUAAGUUACAGGGAACCAGGCAGAGGGCCUUUUCGGUAGUGGCACCCGCCCUGUGGAACGCCCUCCCACCAGAUGUCAAAGAGGAAAACAACUACCAGACUUUUAGAAGACAUCUGAAGGCAGCCCUGUUUAGGGAAGCUUUUAAUGUUUGAUGGACUAUUAUAUUUUAAUAUUCUGUUGGAAGCCACCCAGAGUGGCUGGGGAAACCCAGCCAGAUGGGUGGGGUAUAAAUUAUUAUUAUUAAUAAUAAUAAUAAUAAUAAUAAUAAUAACGAUGACACUCGCUGCUACAGGAGGCAAUGUUGCCCACCAACUUGGAUGGCUUUAAAAGAGGAUUAGACAAAGUUGUGCAGGCCAAGGCUAUUAACAUCUACUAGCCGUGAUGGCUAUGCUCUGUCUCCACAGUUGGAGUUGCUGGAAACCAGGGAGAGAGCAGUGCUCUUGUGUUCAGCUCCUGUCUAAGGGUUCCCCACAAGCAUCUGAUUGGCCAUUGUGAGAACAGGAUGCUUGACCCGAUGGGCCCCUUCAUCCUGAUCCAGCCGGCUCUUCUUAUGUUCUUAAGCGCUGCCAAUCAGAGAGGCUAACAGCAGACAAGAUGGACCAGCUGUAAAAGGCAUUGCCUCAUAUAUUUAAAGUACUAGAGGAGGAAGCGACAGAGACAGAAAAAGUGCAAAUGUGGGGUGCCUUCAGGCAACUUAAAGCUAGGUCCACACCUUCGAAAUGUGGAAACGCACAAAUGCUGAUUGAAUCAGAGCUUUUAAAAUAUCCUCUUUGCAACUGCUUGAUCCUUCAGGUGACAGAGAUACUAGAUUUUUGAACUGGGUCCCGAUAUUAAACUGCCUUUCCUAUAACAAACAGCAGUAGGAGUUAGAAAUCACGUCAACCGAGCGACAAACCUCAGCUCCCUCGUCUCUUUCUUCCUGGCAACCCUGUGACCCCCGAGGCAUUUAUCUGCAAACAGCAGCAAGCCCAGUGGAUCUGUUGAAACUAAGAUAAGAGGGCAGGGAUGGAGAGUCAAACUAUUUUCCUUAAUCCUUUUGUACCUAGAGAAAGGUCCCCCUCUUUAUUUAAAUUCAGUUUAAGGUCAUAGCUGAGAUCCAUGGUGACUUUUCUCUUUCUUCUUCCUCCCGUGCCCCCAGCAAACUGUUUCACUAGACCCUAAUAUUUAGCAAUCUUCUGUGUAAAUACAUUGCUGUAUGCUUUGCAACCUACCAAGCGAAGCACUGUUCACUCACCAUGAAUGGUGGUUCUCCAGGGGCUCAAACCUUCUGCCUUUGCUUGGGACUAUAAGAAGAGAAGGCUUCUCAGGCACCUGGCAAAUGGCAAUUUAUAUCGGGGGGGGGGGUGCAUUUGCCUUGGACUUGGGGGAUCAGAAGUUGGGCAGGAUGGUGUACACUGUAACUUUUUUGAGAGAGAAGAGGCACGGUGACACAGAAAGACGUUCAGUGGUAGAGCAUUUGCCUUGCAUGCAUAAAUUCACAGGUUCAUUUCCUGGCCUCUCCAGGCAGGGCUGAAAAAGACUAAUUUUUUGAAAGCCUGGAGAGUCUCUGCCAUUCAGUGUAGGCAAUACGGAGUAGGACUGAAAAGGCAGAUGAUGAUGAUGAUGAUAAUUUAUUUAUACCCCACCCAUCUGGGCACCUCCCAACAGAAUUAAAAGCACAAUAAACUAUCAAACAUUAAAAACUUCCCUAAACAGGGCUGCCUUCAGAUGUCUUCUAAAAGUCAGAUAGUUGUUUAUUUCCUGACCUCUAAUGUGAGGGCGUUCCACAGGGCGGGCGCCACCACCGAAAAGGCCCUCUGCCUGGUUCCCUGUAACCUCACUUCUCGCAGUGAGGGAGCCGCCAGAAGGCCCUCGGCGCUGGACCUCAGUGUCCGGGCUGAAUGAUGGGGGUGGAGACGCUCUUUCAGGUAUACUGGACUGAGGCCGUCUAGGGCUUUAAAGGUCAGCACCAACACUUUGACCUGUGCUCGGAAACGUACUGGGAGCCACUGUAGGCCUUUCAGGACUGGUGUAAUGUUCCUACCUGCUGCUUCCAGCAAGAGAACUGCUGCUCUGAUCAUUCCAUGGAGAUCUGCCAAUUCCAUUUUCUCUCAGCUUCUCAGAUUUCCGAGCUUAAGUUUCUUUUGGUUCAUUUUCACUCCUAUUUGCAUUUUUAAAAAACAAAAACAAAAAAAACAAAAGAUGUCUGCAUGGAAAUCUGUACACAUUUAGUGUGCAUUUCCAGAUUAGACGUGCUUAUUUCAUAGGAUAGCUGCAUUGCAUCCUGGUUCAGAAUGUGCAAAUUAGAUAGGUCCACAUUAGUAUCUGCCCUGGAUGACUUCCCCUCCACCCCCUAGGCUAGUGCACAAUAUAAUUUUUCUCACAGUGACCGCUUUUUCUCCCCUGACCCACCCAUGGGGGCUGCUUUCUGCCUGCGACAAAUGAGUGAUCUGACUCUUCUACCCUGAGCAGAACAUAGCAUUUUAAAUGACAGCACAAGCUAGUGAGAUGGCCGAGGUUCAAAACUACGUGGCUCAUGAUACUGAUUUUGCCAGCAUGUAAUGCUCAUUUUUAGUGAGCACCCUUCACUUGAAAUCUUUCCUCUUUUCAUAAUUCCAGCUGGGAUAUAUUUCAAGGAUACGUGGAGAUUUUGCUAUGGCUCCGCAUUCAUCCUGCUCAGCGCUCAGAGCCAGCAGCCGCUGCUGGUGCCUGCUCAAAAGCCAGCUACUCUCAACUGAAAUGUGUGUGACUUUGAUUGAUGAAAUUACAAAUGGGGAUAUAUUUACAGAAGGAUAUCUUGCCCCCCGGACAACAAAUGUGCUCAGAAAUGUCCCGUGUGUGUGGCUGAGGUGGCUCACAGCUCGCUGGUAGAGCCCUUUCUUUACAAGCAAAGGGCCUGAAGGUCAAUCUCUGGUAUGUCUUUAUAUGGCUGGUAAACAUCUCUGUCUGAAGCCACAGAGUACUGCGGCCAGUCAGCUUAGAAUGAGCUAGUUAAUGAGAUAGAAACUGCCCAUCACUGGCAUAUGGUCCUUGAAAGGUUGUCCCAAAAGUAAUGCGGCCCUCAGACUGCGAAAUAUUCCCUACCCCUGCUCCAGGGCAUUGUGGGAAAUAUAUGGUGUUUCCAAGCUGCCUGCCCAGUGCUCAUUGGAGCAUUGCUAUUUCCUAUUAUCAGAUAAGUCUUUCAGGGUCCAUGGGCACCUACCAAAGCACAUUAUGUCAACAGAUCCCUCAAACUGAGUCUGGCCUCCCCCUCCUCUCAGUAUCCCAAAACAGCUAUAACAGUUGAGUUCUGAUUUGCUUGAUACAACAUGCACCUUGACGUCUCAACUGGCAAUACAGAAAUCCCAAGCAUUGCAGCUUGGUGUCAUCCUUACCAUUGUAGUGAGAUGUGCUGUGUAAACAGUGCAAUAGUAUAUGCACAAAUAAAUGAUAACCCAUUUCCAUAAAACAGAAAACGCAUUGCCAACACUGUGGCAAUUUACUGUAGAAUCCCUGCUGCUCACACUCACUGGAAAGGGCCUCUCUGAAGAGAUCAGUUCAGAGUAUUCUCAAGUAUCUGGAGUGCAAUUUUGUUCCUUCGUUAUUAAAAAUGAUAUGGUUCUCUUGCAUGCCCCUUGGGUAACUGCUGAAUACAGAUUUAAUUAUUCUUCAUUCUUAUCUAGAGCACAGAGAGUGAUAUUAUUAGUGAUGAUGGGCAAACUCCCCCUGUCUCGAUUCAGAAUGAGCUUGAGUAAAAUGCUAUAUAUAUUUUCAAGAUUGCUGGAUAAAUUAUAGGAAAUGCAUCACUUUAGCUUGAUUCUGUUCUGAGCUGGGCUCCAUCGCACACUUGACAAUGUCACUGGAAGCUUUACUAGUCCCACAAUGAGAGAUUAUAAUGUAUCUGCCUAUAGAAGGGAAGACAGGGACUGGGACCAGGUGACCAGUGUGUGCCUAUUUGAUCUGCUGUCCAGGUACUGAUUGUUGAUGGGCAUCUUCAAGGUCCCUGGUGCUCUCGUUUCUUAGGGCUCUUCAAGUUUAAACUGGACAUGGACUGGACUGCCAAUCAAGUCAAUAGCAACUUGACGUAAUCAAACUAAAAUUGACAUUAUUUGUCCUGCAUUAGCGACUGGGUGGAUAGUGCCAUUUUGUAGCUUAGUCACUAGGUGGCACUGGACUUAGAUGCAUCUGAGCAGAGUCAGAAGUUCUGUUCUUGCUUAAGAAGAGAGAUAAUAGAGUUCUCAUCUAUCUUCCAGAGGUGUGUCCUCAGCAUUCAAUGACAAUGAGAACUGGAGUUUUCAAAUCACAGGCAUUUUCAGGUUCCCAAAUUUUCUCUCUCUCUCUCGUCUGUUAUAUUCAGGAAUGCUGUACACUGUCCUCUUAAAUAUAGAAUCAUAGAAUCAUAGAGUUGGAAGAGACCACAAGGGCCAUCGAGUCCAACCCCCUGCCAAGCAGGAAACACCAUCAGAGCACUCGUGACAUAUGGUUGUCAAGUCUCUGCUUAAAGACCUCCAAAGAAGGAGACUCCACCACACUCCUUGGCAGCAAAUUCCACUGUCGAACAGCUCUUACUGUCAGGAAGUUCUUCCUAAUGUUUAGGUGGAAUCUUCUUUCUUGUAGUUUGGAUCCAUUGCUCCGUGUCUGCUUCUCUGGAGCAGCAGAAAACAACCUUUCUCCCUUCUCUAUGUGACAUCCUUUUAUAUAUUUGAACAUGGCUAUCAUAUCACCCCUUAACCUCCUCUUCUCCAGGCUAAACAUGCCCAGCUCCCUUAGCCGUUCCUCAUAAGGCAUCGUUUCCAGGCCUUUGACCAUUUUGGUUGCCCUCCUCUGGACACGUUCCAGUUUGUCAGUGUCCUUCUUGAACUGUGGUGCCCAGAACUGGACACAGUACUCCAGGUGAGGUCUGACCAGAGCAGAAUACAGUGGCACUAUUACUUCCCUUGAUCUAGAUGCUAUACUCCUAUUGAUGCAGCCCAGAAUUGCAUUGGCUUUUUUAGCUGCCGUGUCACACUGUUGGCUCAUGUCAAGUUUGUGGUCAACCAAGACUCCUAGAUCCUUUUCACAUGUACUGCUCUCAAGCCAGGUGUCCCCCAUCUUGUAUUUGUGCCUCUCAUUUUUUUGCCCAAGUGAAAUACUUUACAUUUCUCCCUGUUAAAAUUCAUCUUGUUUGUUUUGGCCCAGUUCUCUAAUCUGUCAAGGUCGUUUUGAAGUGUGAUCCUGUCCUCUGGGGUGUUAGCCACCCUCCCAGUUUGGUGUCAUCUGCAAAUUUGAUCAGGAUGCCCUUGAGUCCAUCUUUUCUCCCCUUUUCAUGUCUUCUCUUAGAAUAGGGAAAACCUUGCUGUGGGCCUGUGCUUGGGACAUCAGCCAGGGAGCGGCACAUAACCUGGUUAAAUAAACCACUCACUUUUCCAUAUCUCUGUGUGGAACCUGAAUCGCAUAGUGAACGUUUUACAGACAACACAAAGGUCGGCUAGGUUAGUCCGAGCCUCAGUGAGAUUCUGUCUCUCUGUCCCCCAAAAUUCCAGCAAAUAUCCACCCCCACCCCCAAGUGUGCUGCAGAUUUACAUCUAGUAGCUCAGAAAUCCGUUGAGCAUUGUGAAAGGGCAUAGUUGAAUUCCAGAUCUAAACCUCGCACACUUCCAUGGCAUUCCUAAUACGGGCCCAUUACCUGGAUUACUCUUCCCCAUGAUCACUGGAGCUGAGCAAUGGGCACGAUGUAAUUACUAUGUGGGGCUUGCUCUAUGCCCUUCUUUAAGCCUCCACUUCAACAUUAAUCUCGCCGCUCUCCAAGUGUUCCUAAUGAUAAGGGAGGGCGAACCUUGCAUUAGCACGAGCUCCUGCAAAUCACAAUCAAUUGCAACCUGAAGGAGACACUUAUAAUCCUCUCUGGUAAGAAUUAAAGCCAUUCACUAUCCCCCGCCAAUAUGGUGGCAUAGCAUGUGGUCCAGAUGGGCAAAGCAGCUAACUCGGGAAUCAGCACAAACGAUUAGGAUUUAGCUGACUAAGAGCUGGGGGGCACCGGAGUGCACCGGCGAUGAUAUUGCCGCGUACUGGGUGAAUUAGUCACACCGAAUGUUUCACUCACCCUUAUUCUUCUCCCCCGUUUUAGCCCAACAGGAUCAAUUGCUUCUACACAGCAACCAAGCGGAGAGCAACGCAGCUGUCGGCGGGGGGACGCCAGGGAGCCCAGAGCAGCAACAGCAGGAUCCCAGCGACCCAGGUCAGCGGUUGUAAUUACUGCAGUCCCUAACACAAUCAUUGUCAACACUAUUUAUUAAAACCAGAACAAAAGAAAUCCCCCCGGCCACUGAAAGCGAUGUGAUGAAGCAUUGGAGUCUCUUGCAAUCUUGUUUUCCUUUGUGGGGUCUGCUCAGAAAGGUGAGGGGGCAAAACAGAAUAUUGAUAGAGAAUGGGCUUACACGGGCACCACCGCACUUGGUGGGAAAUUCAUUUUCCGGGACAACAUUAUUGGAUACAACAGCCCGAUAAGGAACAACAAAAGCAAUAUAAAGUCAGGGGCUCCGUGACAUAUGUUAAAUGAUUGCCAAUGGCCAAUCUUUUCUGCCGCUGGUGCCAGGGCCACGGGCAAGGGCAAGGGCUCGUAUAAUCAGGCCUACACUGCAGCCAGGGAAGGGGGCACCAUCAGGUGUCUUUCUCCUUGAGGUCUUUGUCUGUUCUCUCCAGGUGUAUGAAGGUUACGGGCAGGGCCACAGAUGCAAAUCCAUGAGCAGAGCAAUGAAUGGGCAUUCAUAACAGAAAGGAGCAAGGGCCUCAGCUUGCCUUGUCCUCUCCUUCUGGGUUCUGGUGCAGAUUGGGGGAGAAUGCAAUGGGUAGUGGUGACAGUGGCAAGGUGAGGGAAUCUGGACCAAGGGCCCUACAAAACUGGGAGUGGGCACUGGCUGCUGGUUACCGUUACCAUUAUUUAUUAAAUCCGUAGAUCACAGGGCAGUUCACAACAUAAAAAUACAAGACCAAAAAACCCGAAAUACAUAAUAAAAACAAGAACAAAACAAACCAAUAACCCCCCUUGCCCCUACCCAGAAACACAUUUGAAAGGGUAUGGGAUGUGAAUCGGCUGAACACCAGGUUGAAGAGGAACAUUUUUACUUGGUGCCUAAAUGAAGGCGCCAGCUGAACCUCCCUGGGGAGAUCAUUCUACAAAUGGGGAGCCACUGCAGAAAGGCCCGUUCUCGUGUUGCCACCCUCUCUUGCGGAGGAGUCACACAAAAGGCCUCAGAUGGUGAUGAUAGAGUCUGGAAUGGUGCACAUGGUAGAGGCACUCCUUGAGGUACUGUGGUUCUUAGCCAUUUAAGGCUUUAUAGGUCAAAGCCAGCACUUUGAAUUGGGCCCAGAAACUAAUCAGCAGCCAGUGCAGUUGGGCCAGGAUUGAUACAACCUGCUCCAUCUGUCUUGCCCUGGUGAGCAACUUGGCAGUUGAAACCAGGUGAAGUUUCCAAACCAUCUUCAGAGGCAGCCUUAUGCAGAACAUGUUGCAGUAAUCUAACCUAGAGAACAUAGACAACAGAAGUUAGGCUUUCCCUGUCCAGCUAGGGGAGCACUUGGACCACGAGCUGAAGCUGAUGGAAGGCACUCCAUGCCACUGAGGCUAUCUGAGUCUCAACAACAGCAAAGGACCCAAAAGGACCCCCAAGCUGAUUCCAUUGGUCCAGAGAUAACAAGCUAUGCUUUUUUGUGGUGCAAUCUACUGUUCGCAGAAAGACAGCUAGAUCAAUUUUGGGAGGUAAAAUGCAGGAGUAUAAUGCAUUUAUUUAAACCAGAGUUGAGAUAACGCAUGCCCAGGGGCCAAAUAUGGCCCUCAGAACUCUUCCUAGGCCAUGUCCCUUUCCCAAACCCCUGGCUAUGCUCCUCAAUAGCCUCAAUCUGCACUCUCCUCAAGUGCUUUUGCACAGUGGAUAUGUCCUUGACCUGUGAUAAUGCAUUUUGCUUGCCUAGAUGGAGAAUAGGGAGCUGUAUGUAGGGUUGGUGUAUGCAAAAGUCUCUGGUUUUUACUGUACAGAGGAAAGAGUCUUAGCUGCUGCUUCACCCAUUUUUUCCUCAGGUCCCAACCACCAUGGGCUUGUGGCUCCCAGAAGAUUACCCACGAGGGAAUGCAGGCAAAAGGGGGGGGGCUCCCCAUCCCUAAUUUAAAAAGUAAAACUGAAUCCUCCAUAGAAAACUAACUAGGUGGAAGAAAGCUCCACUUAGGCUCAUUAAAUUUCUCUUAACUAUUCCAUAUACUCUCCUGGAAUUAUAACUACUCUAUAAUGAAUAUGGAUUAUUCAGCAAUUAUUUGCUGCUGUGCUUGUAUGAAUGUCACUCAUAGCUGAAGAUACAUGACAAAAAUCAGAAUGGCCCAUUCUUAUUAAUGACUGCAGAAACUUUUCGUUUCUGGCAAUCGCUCGUGGAAUUUGUUUCUGUGCUUGCUUUUUUUGCGAUUUAAUUUAGUGACUUUCUUCCCUCUCCUUUUAUUCCAUUCUCCCUCCCACUAACCCUGACCUAGCAGUUGCGCAAAAAAUGAAUGAGCAGAUUAGCAGCCAGGAGAUGAGACUGACUUUGCUACAGAAGAAGGUUGACAACAUUUCUGCCGUCGUGAGUGAUGUGAGCGAGACACUCUCCUCUCUGGAAGGCAAAAUCAAUGAAGAUAAGGGCAGAGACUUCCAGGCUUUUCUAAAAGGUAAAAGAAAGAAAUUAAUGCAAUCACUCACCCAGUUAAAAGUGCCAGGGAAAGAGAAAGAGGAGGAAAAAGAGAGAAAGAAACUAUUAGAAAUGGACUUAGGCUGUCCUGUUCCAUUAUUCCACAUUCUGCCAGGGAAGUAUGUUUUCCUUUGUUCUGUUACUUAAAAAGAAAGAAGAAGAAGAAGAAGAAGAAGAAGAAGAAGAAGAAGAAGAAGAAGAAGGUGGUGGCGACUGGGCGUCUCCCCCAACCCAAAGUGUUGAAGGUGGAAUGAUAAAGCCUAGCGCUCCUGUUGUGGAUGCUCAUCCAUGCCUGGACAAACAGGUUGCACAGAGUUUUUGUAGUUUUGUGAGCAAGUGCCCCCUCUCAUAUUAAAACAGUAAGUAAAGGGACAUGACUAGGCGUAUUUGGGUCAAAUCAGGCCACAACUUUAUUGACUACAGAUGUAAAGAGGUUUGGUAUAGGCGUUGGGUAAAGCCUCCACUUCCUGCCCACUCACUGGGGUCAACCGGAAGUGAGGGUGUCCUAUGAUCUACAUCAAAUAGCAUCUCCCUCGCUGGAUUGUCACCUGGGGAGUGCUGUGGCCCUAGCCCCCAUCUGGACAUCUGGACAGAAGCAUCUCCCUUGGACCCCUUUAACGGGACACCUCCUUUUUUUCAGAGUUGUGAUGAUUGCUAUGAAGAAGGUGAAAACCACCAAGUUGGUGCCAAUUUGCCAAGUGGGAAAAUUCCUACCCGGCCCCAAAUAUGGCAGCCGACAAAAACCAUUGCAAGGUCUUCAUCACCAAACACAGCAGCAGAACAGAGAGGGAGGGUGGGAGAUCUGGCGAUGAAGUGGCUGUUGAGGUAGGAGGUGGGGCCCUUUUUAUUCACAGGGAGCGGACCCAAGAGAAGCCUGUGGGCCCAGUUGGGUCCGCCUCCUGGGAAUGCCCCACUUUCUUGCCCACCCAAUUUCAUGAGUGGGCAGAAUCCACAGUCCGGACGGCAAGCUCAGCUUAGAAGAACGUCCUGCCAUGCAUGUGAUUACAAGCGGGCACCUAGCAUCUGCAAAGGCCCCAAGUAACGUGCUGGAUCUUCAUUCUGUCUUCAUUCAGCAGUUCGCUUUGUUUGUCAUCGAUUGAAAUUUGUCCCUGGGUCUUUGUUGUGCUGCAUAUUGUGUUCGAAUGUCUAUUGCCUCGGAGUAGUAAUGCAGAAAUAGCAUACCUUUGAGCCUCUAAAAGCCCCUUGGAGACAUCUACAUGCAUUGCAGGUCCAUUCCUUACUUGCCUCAGCGGUUUCUGAGCUCUGGAUACUGCUCUCAAAUAGCCCUGCUUUCCCCAGUCAUAUUUAGACCACCUCUCCCAUCCAUCCUGUUCCUCCCCCCGCCCUGCCCCCGGUCCCGAUGAAUUUUAUUGCUAUGUGUCAUUCUUGACCCUUGGGUAUACGUCCAAUAUGGCUUCGAACAUUUUCCAUUUCCUGUCAGCUUCCUUCCCAUCCAUUUUUGUGUGUUCCCUGCGGGUUAAUCUGUUACUUGCACUUGUACCUCUGGAAGAACCACUGUCAGAUCUUAUCCCGCUUCCUUGCUGCAUUUGGAUUCACUUAAAUUGUCAAUUGCACAGUAAGGUUCUGUGCUCACACACAAAAGAAAAUUACUAUGAUCAUACGAAACCCAAUCCAUUUGACCCUUUGAAGACAGCAAGCCAUGAUCUACUUGAACAACUUCCCAAAUUCACAAUCUAGCUGCUAUGCUAGAAAGAGCCUCUCUCUCUGUGUGUCAAUUGUUGGAACCCCAUCAAAGAAACACAGAAUCGUAGAGUCAGAAAGGACCACAAGGGUCAUCUAGUUCAACCCCCAGCAAUGCAGGACUCUUUUGCCCAACAUGGGACUCAAACCCAUGAACCUGAGAUUAAGAGUCUUAUGCUCUACUGACUGAGCUACAGCCUUAUCUUCCUUCCCCCGGGAUUGCAGGAGGUUAUACUAGAUGAUCCUCAGGGUUCCUUCCAACUCCAUGUUUCUAUGACAUAUUUCCAGCCUUUCCAUGAAAGGCUUAGCACAGUUUACAUGCUUCUCUCAUCCAAACACAGAUCACUUCCACACUCAUUCUGUGUUCCUAAAUCAUUCACUGAUACCAGACUUCCUUACAGAUUUGUAUCAUUGGCCCCACAGAGGCAGCAUUUUGCUUUAGAUGCUUUUAAAAUGAAAUUUCCUUCCCACGUUACAUCAGCCUUGUCCCAGGCUAACCUUGGAUCCACUCCCUGUCUGCUGGCUUUCUCUUUGAUUUAUGUGAGUUAUUUACAAAUUGCAUUAUCCUUCUGACCACUUUGUUUUAUGAAAGUGCUACUAUUAGCUUCUUUUAUUAGCUUUUCAUUAGAAGCCUGGGGACUUGAGGGGACUCGAUCCUCCUAGUAGUGCACACUGUGCGUGUGUGUGUGUAUGCAUGGAGACUGUGCUAGUGAAGUAGCGUUGUGAUUUUUCCUUUGAAAAGGCGUCCUUUUUCUGUAGCAUAUUUGGGUACUGCUCUCUGCAUUGUUCUGCCAGCCUUGCAAAGCAACUCUUCUAUCAACAGAAGAUUGAUUCCCAACUUCAGCAUCUCUUUCUCUCCAGCUCCUUAUCCCCCAAAGGAAGAUUUAUUUCCACUUCUCUAUAUUCUUCUUUCUCCAUCUUUAUGUCCGUCCCUACAGUCCAGUGAUUACUUUCAGUUUUCAUGCAGUCCUAUCAUGAUUGCAAAAUAGAAUCCUGCAAUCCAGCAACAACAGAGAUGGGUAAUUUAUGGCCCUUCAGAUAUUGCUGGAUUCCUCUUCCUACCAUUCCUUGACCAUUGGCCAUCCUGGCAGGGGCUGAUGGGAGUUGGAAUCCAAAAGAAUUGUGGGUAUUCCAUUGUGGGAAUGCCCACUUCUCUAGGCAUAUGUCCCAAGGUUUAGAUAUGUGCUUCACACUCUUUCCUCGUUGAAACUAUUCACACUUCCCCAUCCUUCAUUUUGGCCAGAGUGUGCCUCUAGAAUGUAGCCUAUUUCAUUUUGUCUUUUUUUCUUCUUCAUUCCUGCUCAUCUAUGAGUUCUAAAUUCAUUCUUUCAUUCAUUCAUUUAUUGAAUAUGAUUGAUAGAGUGCUCAAUCUAAAAAUGAAUAAACAAACCUCUAAGCAGUUUACAUAAAAUUGUAUAAAAUGGUCAUAUGAAGAUGCCAAUAAAAUCAAUAAAUAAAAUGAUCAAAAUAUAGGUAAAACCAACAGAGUUUAACAGCAGAUCUACAUGAUGAAAUAACCUGUCUGGAGAAGCUUGCCUGAACAAGAGUGUUUUUAGCAGGCAUCAGAAAUGGUACAAACACAAGGUCUGCCUGAUAUUAGUGAGCUGGAGUCCAAGAGCAUAGGUGAGGCUCAUUUGACAACAGUGAGAAAUCAAGCCUUGAGUGUCAUUGGCCCAGUCCUGUGGAACACCCUGACAAUAGAGAUUCAGCAGAGAUUAAAUCAUGAUUUAUUGUUAAAUUGCUUUUGGAUUUUUCCAUGGGAAGAAACAAACAAACUAAUAGUAAAAAAUUAAAAUUAAAAAAUGGCCCAGUAAAUUGUCAUUCUGGGCGCUCUCUCUCUCUCUUCAAAUCACACUACUGUAUCUAUAAAAUUUACUAAUCAGUGUAUCAUGAUUCUGAGAUUCCUGGAUUGCAGAAAGUUGGACUAGAUGAUUCUCCCUAUCCCUUCCAACUCUAAGAUUCUAUGAGAGCUUAGCCUACGCUAAUGUAGCCUAAGCCAAGCUUGGAGGCCUCAAUGUCUUUCUUUACUCAAGAGUGCCCUUCUACUUCCUGCCUUCCUGUUUUCCGCCUGUAUUAGAUUUAUGCUGGAUCUGUCCCGCCUUCUGCAUUUGUUCUUUGCAACCUUCCACCCUAUUUUCAGAGAUGACCUUUGCAUAACCUAAGGGGACCUCUGAACCGUCCUCAUUCCUCUCCACCCUUCCAUUAAAAGUCAAAUUGAGGAGAGCUGGGAGAGAGGGGGGUGAUGACUUCUGCGAGCCUUGGUGGGUGGCAGGAGGAUGAAUGUCUAGCUGUGACAUGCCACCAUUAAACUCAAUGAAGAUACAUAGCUAGGCAGAAAGAACAAUGAGGUUGCUGCUGAAUGAAAGAGCCAUGUAAGCUUGACCUUAGUCAUAGAAUCUCUCGCUUGUUUUCUUGCAAAAAAGAAAGGAAGAAGGGAAUGCCCUGGCAGUUUAAGAGAAUAUUCAAUAUGUGAUUUCUUUUCAUAUGGAAAUUAAGAGAGAAGUGGCAACUGUUUUGAUUUUCUUCUUUGCAUUUUUUAAAAAAUACGAAAACACCUGUAAUCCACCUUGUUUUAAAUGAAUGAGUACAUGGCCAAGUGAUGCUCGUGCCACCUUAUGAAAUCGCAUCUUUAAGAAAAUCACCCUCCUCCACCACCUACUUCCCAUUAUAUUACUCAGCUGGAAAACCCUCUGGCAACCUCUUCAUCUAAGCAGCAGAAGAGUUUGCUGGGCUAUUUCACAAGAUGCAAUAUGCAUGUCAAGACUGACUUCUCUCCCACCCCCUUUCCCUAAAAAUCUGCUGUUAUUCUUUGGCUUUGCUGCUUUUUCAAACAGAAACACACACAAGUGCUCAAAACUGAACUGCAUUUCAAUAACUAUUAUUGCUUCCAAUGCAGCAGCCACUUAUAUAGAUAAAUUUAUCAGAAGAAGAUCACUGUCUUGUUGUUUAAAAAACUCAGCAACCUCAGGACUUUUCAAAAGAUGCCAUCUAGGAGCACAUCUGCCACCUGCAAGAAACAGGCAAAAGAGGACUUUAGCUGGCUUUGUUCCUUGCCAUUCCAUGGCUGCUUGCUCCAUUGCCACAUGCUUCAGAUGACAUGCUCUCAGCCCCCUUAACACACUGCAGCUCCCAGAAUUCAUUGAGGGAUGCCAUGACUCUUUAAAGGGGUAUCACAGUGUUUUAAAUGUAUGGUGUAGAAGGGGCCCUGGUCACAUGCUGAGUUGUCAGUGUGUUAGAGAAAGGGAGAGGGCAGAGAACACAAAUUCAUUUUGGCACAGAAAUUCAUUUUGGCACAGCUGCAUGGAAGUUGUUGUAGUCGUUUAGUCGUGUCUGACUCUUCAUGACCCCAUGGACCAGAGCACGCCAGGCACUCCUGUCUUCCACUGCCUCCCGCAGUUUGGUCAAACUCAUGUUGGUAGCUUCGAGAACACUGUCCAACCAUCUCGUCCUCUGUCGUCCCCUUCUCCUUGUGCCCUCAAUCUUUCCCAACCUCAGGGUCUUUUCCAGGGAGUCUUCUCUUCUCAUGAAGUAUUGGAGCCUCAGCUUCAGGAUCUGUCCUUCCAGUGAGCACUCAGGCUGAUUUCCUUCAGAAUGGAUAGGUUUGAUCUUCUUGCAGUCCAUGGGACUCUCAAGAGUCUCCUCCAGCACCAUAAUUUAAAAGCAUCAAUUCUUCAGCGAUCAGCCUUCUUUAUGGUCCAGCUCUCAUUUCCAUAGUCUACAGAUGGAGUCUACAGACGGAGAAAACUCCUGGGUGUACAGAUAGGUGUACAAAGCCCUAUGCAACUUGGGUCCAGAAUAUCUUAAGUAUCAUCUCAGUCCCAACAUAUCCAACUGAUGUCUGGUGAGUUCUGGUUCAGAUACUACCUCAGCUACAAACUCAGUAGGUGGCCUCAGGCAAACCACUUUAUCUCAGCCUUAUAGGGGGGCAAGAACAGCAGCCUACUUCAUAAGCUGCUGUAAGAAUUACUGAGGUGAAGUGCCUGGAGCCCUUGGAGCACCAUGAAGCUUCCCUUUCAGACACUGAGCUCAAAGUUUCCUGCCUUCCUUAGUGCGCUUUGUUCCACUUGUCAGCUGAAAUAUUUUGCUGUACUUGCAUUCGGGUUAAUGUUUCGGAAUAAGGAGAAUUGGGCCAAGGGUCUUAUAAAUCUAGGCUGUCUAAACACUGAACACUUUGUUAGAGGAGAGCAGGAUAAGUAAACAAGUACAAAGUUAUGGGUUUUAAUGUAAUUCUUCUCAUCUUUCAGAGCUUUUCUGCCCGUAGAGCCCCACAGAAACAUAAUCUUCUGAGGAGAUUAUUUCAUUUUAGUUCAGGGUGGCUUUUACUCUGUUAAACAAUUAGUGAUUGUUUAAGUUUCUUUAGCCAAUUAGCACUUGUCAGGGAACUGCCAUCGGAAGGAAGGGAGGUGAAAGGACUCAGACAGGCUGGAAGAGAUUCAGCAGCUGAAGAGGGAACCAGCAAGGGGAGAGAAGCUGAACUGAGGGAGGUGAAAGGGCUCAGACAGGUUGGAAGAGACUCAGCAGCGGAAGAGGAAACCAGCAGGGGAGACAAGCUGAACUGAGGGAAAGGGAGCUGGGGGAUGGCUCAGAGAUACUUCCAGCGAAAACAGUGGUGAGGUUUCCGGACCUCCUGUAGCGACACCCACUCCUCGCCGGAAACUGUCACGCAGAGAGUCCAGAAGACGUGUUUCCGUUAAGGAGCUUUUAUGUUGGAAGCGAUUACGAAAGCAACCACUGUCGGAAUCUUCUAGUGACUAAGAGGAGCCAUGUCAGAGGGGCUCAGUCACAGACAGAGGUUUGUGGACUUGAACAAACUCUGAGGGAAUACGAUUUUACGCACAAGCAGCUCAUAAUCCCAUCACAGCAUUCCGACAGUCUUUGAACGCAGCUUGUGCAGGAGACGGCAUAAUAAUGAGCAACCCAGCAGGAACCGGAGAAGCAGGGGCUGGAGCGGGUCCAAGCCUGGAAGAAAGGUACCGGGUGUUAGAGGUCCAGCUGGCGCUGCAGACGGCGAGGCUGGAGGAGAGGAGGGCUCAAGAUGCAGACAAAGGAGAAAGCCACCCAGCUCGCCAGAAAGGUACCAGGAUUGGUGCAAAAAUUUGGGGGGGAGCCCAAAGACUAUCAUAGCUUUCGGACAGAAAUGCAAUAUGCCCUCAAUCUGCAGUUUGAUGAUUUCCCUGAUGAGGAAUCACGAGUGGCUUUUGUGAUUGGGCAUCUUGAAAAGGGGCGAGAGACUGGGUUAGACCCCUGAUGGCAGCGAAUAGUGACGUCUUAAAGGACACGAUGAAGUUCUUUCGCGCCAUGGAUCUGAUGUUUUCCAGCGAUAUUGAAAAGGGAGUGGUGCGCAGACAGUUAAUGGCUUGCAAACAGGGGAGCCGAUCUGUACGUGAGUACUGGACUGAGUUCACCAUGCUGAUACACAGAUUGGGGUGGGACUUAUCGGCGGAACCCAUUCAAAUGCUCUUUGAAGAAGGGCUUUCUUCGGCUGUGAAAGAUGAACUUUCCCGGGCGCCCAGGGCGGAGUCUAUGGACCAGCUGACCAAAUCAGCGCUGGCCAUAGGAGCGCGCCAGGAGGCGAGAGCAUUGGAGAGGCGGGAAGGGAAAGGGGAACGUUGGAAGGAGUUCCGCAUUCCAGACAUUCCAGAGCCAACUGUCCCGCCGGCAGAGCCGAUGGAAAUCGGAACAGCGCGCGCGCGCAGUUUCAAAGCCCAGUGAGGGUGGAAAGAAGGAUGGAAAAGGCGCCCGGAAAUGCUAUCUCUGCCAACAGCCAGGGCACUUUGCCAGAGUCCGCCCCCAGAGGAAGGAAUGGCAAGGGAUGGUGGGAGCUGUGGAGGGAAGAGAGGAAACUACCGGAGCAACUAAAAGCCAACGCCUGGCUGCCAUUGUCGGGGCACAGCAGCCAGGCCAAAGAGCAGUGAAAGUGCCCACUCCAGAACCUCCUAAACCCGCCCUAGUGAUAGAAGUGACACUAGAGCUCCCAAACGGACACCCUCUAAAGAUAAAGGCGCUGUUGGACUCAGGCAGCUCCUGCAAUUUCAUGAGCAAAGAGUUUGCAGCUGAACACCAGAUACAGACGCUCCCUUUAAGCAACCCCUGCAGGUAACCACGAUCGAUGGCAGGGAGCUGUUGGGAGGAGAAGUCAGCUUGCAGACCGUCCCAAUGAUAAUGAAGGUGGCAAGGCACACUGAACUGAUAGCUUUUAAUGUGGCCACCUUGGGAGGAGCUCCCAUUAUAUUGGGGAUGAGCUGGCUAGCGUUACAUGAUCCGCUGGUGGGCUGGCAUCAGAGAGUGGUUUCUUUUGGGUCAGCACAUUGCUUAGAACAUUGCAAAGAGGGAAAGGUUUUGGCAGGGGCCCAAGCCACCCUAGCAGGGACUGAAGUGAAGGAGAACGUGAAGGUACCACGACAAUACGCAGAUCUCCGCGACGUCUUCAGCGAAAGGGAAGCUGACCAACUACCACCGCAUAGAGCCUUUGACUGUCAAAUCAAUUUGCUCCCUGGGGCACAGCUCCCUGUGGGCAAGCUGUACGCCAUGUCAGACAGAGAGAUGCAGGAGCUAAGAGAGUUCAUUGACAAGAACCUGAAGAGAGGGUUCAUCAGAGAGUCCAGGGCGGUGGGGGCAGCCCAGUGUUUUUGUGGACAAAAAAACACGAACAAGCCGAGACUGGUGUGUGACUUCAGGGCCUUAAAUGCAGUGUCAGAACCAGUGGCCUUCCCGAUGCCCAGGAUUGACGACAUUUUGACAAGGGUGCGAAAGGGAAAGAUUUUCACCAAGCUGGAUCUAAGGGGGCGUACAACCUGAUACGAAUAAGGAAGGGGGAUGAAUGGAAAACCACCAUGUUCACCCCUUUAGGGGCAUUUGAAUACUUAGUUAUGCCCUUCGGUCUACAAGCAGGCUCCGCAACAUUUCAAUCGUUUAUGAACCACGUCCUGGGGCCGUUGCUUUACAAGAAUUGUGUGGCCUUCUUAGACGACGUGUUGGUGUAUUCUGAGAAUGAGGAGCAGCAUGUGAGAGACGUCAGAGAAGUGUUGAGCAGGCUGCAAGCCAACCAGCUGUGGGUGAAACUGGAGAAGUGUCAGUUUCAUACCAAGGAGGUGGAAUUCCUGGGGUAUCGCCUGUCUGACAAGGGGUUGGCCAUGGAUCCCGGCAAGGUCCAGGCGGUACUGGAAUGGAAAACACCCAAAACAAGGAAGGAUGUGCAGAGGUUUUUAGGGUUUGGGAACUUCUAUCGUAAGUUCAUCCCAAACUUUGCCCACCUGACGGCGCCCAUUACGGACUGUCUCAGCAGUAAGAAGAAGUUCGUUUGGACGGAGGAGGCGGAGCAAGCAUUUGAGGAACUAAAAGGGCCUUCGCCUCGGAACAACAGCUCCUGCAUGUGGAUUUACAAAAACCGAUGAGAGUGGAAACUGACGCAUCAGACAGAGCGGUUGGGGCGGUGCUUCUCCAGCCAGGGAAGGAGGAGUCAGAGUGGAGACCGUGUGCUUUUUUCGCGAAAGCUGAACAAAUCCGAGAGGAACUACACGGUGUAUGACCGAGAACUACUAGCCAUUCAUGAGGCGUUCCGGAGAUGGAGGCACCUGCUAAUUGGCGCACAACAUAAGGUGCAAGUGUGCACUGACCACAAGAACCUAGAGUAUUGGAGGACGGCACGAGUGCUCAACCAACGGCAAGUGAGAUGGGCCCAGGAAUUCUCCAAAUUUAACUUUGAGAUUUGUUACGUGCCAGGCCCAGAGAACAUUAGGGCGGACGCUCUCUCACGCAAACCUGAAUAUUGGGAGGGGAGGAGCACCCGAAGAGAGACAUGUCAUUCCAGAGGACCGCUGGGUGUGUGGGGCGGCAUUGGUGGGACAAAGAGAACUGGUAGAAGAAACAGAGAAUGAUGAAUACGCCCAGAAUAAGCUCAGAGGUCUUAGGGAUGAGGGAGAGGAAUCAAGGGGUUUCGAGGAAAGAAAUGGAGCUUUGUAUUACAAAGGGGCACUGUAUAUCCCUGAAGGAGACUUAAGGGGAGGGUACUCAAGCAGUUGCAUGACAGCCCCACGGCGGGCAUUUUGGGCAACACAAAACCAUGUGGUUGGUCACCAGGGAAUUUUGGUGGCCUAAGGUGAGGGAGGAUGUACGUGAGUAUGUAAGAGGGUGCGAGCAGUGCCAGCGAGCCAAAGGGGAAAGGCGGGCGCCGGCGGGGCUAUUAGAACCCUUACCAACACCAGAACGACCUUGGGAGGCAGUGUCGAUAGAUUUUAUGACUGAUCUGCCGAAGUCCAAAGGGAAAACAGCCAUCAUGGUGGUGGUAGACCUACUAACAAAGAUGUGCCACUUUGUAGCUUGCUCGCAUGCAGUCACGGCGGAAGAGACAGCGAAGUUAUUUGUAGAACACAUUUUUAGGUUGCACGGGGUGCCAUUGAGGGUGGUCUCAGACCGAGGAAAACAAUUUACUUCCAGGUUCUGGAGGAAGCUCAUGAGCUUACUGCAGGUGGAGGUCAACUUUUCGACUGCCCGGCACCCUGAAACCAACGGGCAGGCGGAAAGAGCAAACGGUGUCCUCCAGCAAUACCUGAGGUGUUAUGUCAAUGACAGAGAGAAUGACUGGGUAGAAAAGUUGGCGCUGGCGGAAUUUGCCUACAACAAUGCCGAGAAUGUGUCCACAGGGAUGAGCCCCUUCUUGGCUAAUUAUGGGUGUCAUCCCAGGGCUUUCCCAGGGGAGAAGGGGAGAGAUGGAGCGUACCGGCAGCCGAGCAUUUUGUAGAAGAAAUGGAAGCAAUCCACCGUCAGCUCCAACUCAACUUAGAAAGGGCGAAGGAAGAAUACAAGAGGCAGGCAGACAAGAACCGAAGGGAAGGUGAAACCAUAAGGGUUGGAGAUAGGGUGUGGCUGUCAACCCGAGGGUUGCCGUUCAAAGGAGGUUGUAAGAAAUUACGACCCAGGAGGUUGGGUCCCUUUGAGGUCAUUCAACAGGUCAACCCAGUGGCUUUCAGGCUCCGGUUACCCAACCACAUGAAACUGCACCCAGUAUUUCACAGGUCGUUACUGUCACCGUACGAGGGGGGACGAGAAGGGAUGGACACUCGGGGACCGGUCAUAGAAGAAAGAGAAUGCAGCAGUCAUGUGGCAGAAAUCCUUGAUGCCAGGUGGAAGGGGAAUCAGGUGGAGUAUUUGGUAGCGUGGGAAGGAGAACAAUGGCCAAAGAUAUCAAUGACGAGGUAUUGAUAGAAAUGUUCCAUCAAAGGUUCCCAUGGAAACCUCAGCCUGUGGAGAGGUUCCGGAGGGAAUACUUUGGGACCACUGAGGAGGAGGAGGAGUUGGAAGGAUUCCCAGAAUCGGAAGGGGAAGGGGAGAUGGACUCGGAGGAGGAGGAGUGCUUCGAGACCAGGAACCGCAACAGGUGGAGAGAAGUGUUCGAGACAUCGGAAGAUGAAGGAAGUUCAUCCGGGGUUUUGCCUCCUCACCGCCCGUAGAGGAGGGGGCGAGAGGGGGUGAAGGGGGCCCUGGAGGGGAGGUGGAUGUCAGGGAACUGCCAUCGGAAGGAAGGGAGGUGAAAGGACUCAGACAGGCUGGAAGAGAUUCAGCAGCUGAAGAGGGAACCAGCAAGGGGAGAGAAGCUGAACUGAGGGAGGUGAAAGGGCUCAGACAGGUUGGAAGAGACUCAGCAGCGGAAGAGGAAACCAGCAGGGGAGACAAGCUGAACUGAGGGAAAGGGAGCUGGGGGAUGGCUCAGAGAUACUUCCAGCGAAAACAGUGGUGAGGUUUCCGGACCUCCUGUAGCGACACCCACUCCUCGCCGGAAACUGUCACGCAGAGAGUCCAGAAGACGUGUUUCCGUUAAGGAGCUUUUAUGUUGGAAGCGAUUACAAAGCAACCACUGUCGGAAUCUUCUAGUGACUAAGAGGAGCCAUGUCAGAGGGGCUCAGUCACAGACAGAGGUUUGUGGACUUGAACAAACUCUGAGGGAAUACGAUUUUACGCACAAGCAGCUCAUAAUCCCAUCACAGCACUGAUUUAGGAUUUGGCAAGAGAUGAGGGAAUUCUUUAAUUGACCCCCACAAGACAAGUCUUUGUUUCGACAUCAUGUGGUCACAUGCAAUUCCUGUCACAAAUCCCUCCUUGUAUUCUGAUUAGUUAAACCUUCUCUUUCUUCCCCUUUUCUUUUUCUGCCUCAGGUUAGGUGAAAGUUUGCGAUUUUUUUGGUCAUGUUGUUAUACUAAUGAUUAUACCAGCUUAAAACCUCAAUUUCUACUUAGUGUACUGUGGAAUAUUUCCCACGAAGCAUCCCAAAGUGAUUUACAGUAUAAUUAAAACAUAUAUUAAACAGUUACAUCUAUAAUAACAUUUUUUUAAAAAAACAACACCCCAAAGCAAAUAAAACAAGAGCACCUACAUAAAAUCAAAUUUAGAUAUCAGCUGGGAUAGACCUCCAUUGAGAAGACGAACAUCUUUAGCAGAUGCCAAAAUGCAAUAGAGAAUGCUUCUGUCUGAUAUAAAGUGGAAGGGAGUUCCAAAGGUAUUGCGCGGAAUUAUGGUGGUAUCUGAAGUGUGCUUUGUACUGCAGAAUGCAGCAAUCAGUUGAGUAUGUUGGGAGUGGGAGGAUAUUUAAAGUAUUCUGGUCCCUGUAUAUGACUUUGUACACCAAUGACUAGAUAGACAAAUAGAUAGACCAUAGAUGAAAGAUAUAGAUGGAUAUACAUUGCUUUGCAUUUUCUUUUCCAUGUGAUAGAGUAUUAUUAUUAUUAUUAUUAUUCUUAAAAACUGCUAUUCAACCAUAUUGUCACUUUAACCCAUAAUCAUUGGUAUUAAAGAUGCAGCUGAAUAGAUUGAACUCAGAUGCCUUUCUAAAUCAAAGCUAAUUCAUCUAAAUUAUACUUGUUUGUUGUGUACUCUGUACGCUAACUGAAGGGGUUUUUCUCACACAGGGUGGAUAAAAGUGUAUAUAAAUACAUACAUCUGCCACUGCUUUGUUGCAUUUAACUAAAUAUGAGCACUGCAGGUGCUUGUCACUCAUCCUCAGAAACUAAAUAUUCAAGAGGGCUACAGUCAUUGCCGCCCACACGUAGAAGGGAAUAGUGAAAUGUCCCUUAUUCCUUCUAAUAUGGCUUUCUAAUUCUUCAGUAUGGAGUUCUUGACCUUUGGAGGUGUGGGGGAUAAUAUUGCUCCUGCCACUGCUGCUUCAUUGCCACUUUCCUGCGGAGAGUCAUUGUGGUAUGGAAGGAGAUGCCAGUGUAGUGCCCACCAGAUCUUCUUGGGCUACAAUUCAUUUUACCUUUCCCAUUAGCCGUGCUUGCGAGCUGUAGCAUCUUAAGAAAUUUAUUGGGUCACAGCCUUUUGUAGUCUGGAACACGCUUCCUCAGACCCAUAAUAAUACGGGGGUUGACAACCUUUUUGGAAUGCUGGGCACAUUUUGAGAGAGUACUGGGGGCGCCAGCCACAAAAUUGCAGAUGGGGUAGCGGUGGCAUCACACGGCAUUAAAGAUACAGCCGUCCCCGCCAACCUUAUGCUCACCAUCAGUAGUCAGCUGUGACCUGCUGGUCCUGCUUGUGGAGAUCACAAAAUAUUCAUUUUACAUAUGUGUGCAUGCACACUGACGCUGUUGUUGUCCAACAGCAGCAGGGAGCAUUCCUCAGUAUUCAGUACAGUGGUACCUUGGGUUACAUACGCUUCAGAUUACAUAUGCUUCAGGUUACAGACUCUGCUAACCCAGAAAUAGUGCUUCAGGUUAAGAACUUUGCUUCAGGAUGAGAACAGAAAUCAUGCUCUGGUGGCGCAGCAGCAGCAGGAGGCCCCAUUAGCUAAAGUGGUGCUUCAGGUUAAGAACAGUUUCAGGUUAAGUACGGACCUCCGGAACGAAUUAAGUACUUAACCUGAGGUACCACUGUACCAGUAUCACUGCUUAGAAGGUGCCUGCACAUUUUGGCCCUUAACUUUCUUUCUAGGAGAGCUAGAGACUUUUUUUUUUAAGAAUAAUUUUUUAUUAACCGACCAAUCACAUCAAAUCAAACCAAAUUACAUAAAUUCCAAAUUACACAGCCGAAUUUUAAAUUUUUGUUGGGGGUACCCAUAUUUCAAGUUCCGAAGGGAUCCAAUCAACUUCUUGCUUCUUACUGCUGUUUUAAUGUCCACAAAUCUAACCUUAUGAUGUUCACAGUACUAUCCAGUCCUUUCUUAUUAUUUUCCACAUCUCUUGUUGUUAUUUUCAUAUAUUUUUCCUUUCUCUUUGUGACCUCUGAUAGUCUCCGCAAGCUGGUUAGAACAGUUUGUAAUCCUGCGUGGAUAUUAUUAUUUUUAUCCAGUAGCCAUAUCCAGACGUUUUCCAUAUAACAUCACUUCCAUACAUCAAAACAGUCUUAGCGUCAUUAAUCUUCACCAAUCUGCCUCCUUUCUCAAAACCUCUGAGGAGAUUCACUAGGAAUGCAGUCUGAAAACAAGUCCAUUCUUCCUCCCGGCUAUAAAUCCUUUGGCAAGAUGGCGACUCCGAAUUAAUUGCUGCGCCAUUCCCAAAAGCUCUUAUUGCUUCUCGGUCUCCAUAAAGCAUACUUUUGGUUAAAGUUUAUCUCCACACAGACCUUAAUCAUCCUGCUUGGGUCAGUUCAACCGACGGUUCUAAUGAGGAGGGGUUCUUGUAAAUCACAUAGAAGGAAAGUAAAAAAGGUUCCCACCCCAUUCAGCCCCGUUGUCAACAUACCCCGCCUUUGGUGUAUCUUCAUCGUAAAAUAUUCCUGUUUCUCCAGCCCGUCGUCUUCUUUCGCAGAGGUCACUUAAAUUAGCAGACUUCACUCCCCUUCUUCACUUGAAAUAUGUGCAUUUGCUUCUUUUGUAAUUAAUUAUUCCAAAUUGCUGCAACUAGUGCGCGAUCAGAGACAGCGUCCAGGAGAGCCGAGGUCCACACGGGGCAUUCUGCCUAGGGCCCUCACCCCCUUCUUUCAAAUUAGGGGUGAUUUAUGGGCACAGCAGGCAAGGGCAGUGUUCCCCAUUUCCUUGGGGCAACAAGGGAGGCUGCCUACUCCCAUAACAGCCUCUUAAUUACCCCGUGUGGGUCGGAGAGAUGGUAUUGUCGGCCAUCUUCCAAUGCGCCCCCUAGUGGCCCAGGAGAGCUAGAGACUUGAUUUAUUUACAUUUUUUUUUAAAAAAAAAAUUAAAUUUCAGAGUCUGGGACACCUGCCCAGGGGCACAGUGAAAGACUUUGGCAACACCAUGGGGUCCACAAGCACUGGGUUGGUGACACCUGAUCUAAUAAGUAGAUUCCAGCCUAUUCAAUCUUGGGCCACAAAAAUGUGUCUGCCCUUAAGGCAUUACAAGAUGCCACUGCAUGCUCCCCCCCCCCCACAAAAAAAGUUCACUUGCACCCUCUUGAAAAAGGCAAUGCAGACUAGCUCUGUUUUCUUUUUCACUUCGAAAUAACAAAAUUCAGGAGGUGCUUUCAGUGCUAAUUAGGUGGCUGACAAUUAAAAUAUCUUGAGAGCCUCUGCUGUCUUCCUGACAGUCCACCUCUUUCCUGGAAAGUUAACGGUGUAUCUGCCUGAGUGAUAGGUCUUUUAAAUCUAUGGUCUACUAAGCUAGAAGCCAUGGUUACAUUUCACCUUGUCAUAGUAGUCUAUAAUUGCAGGGAACAGCAUAUUAUGGCUUCUCCCUCAGGACAGCAAAACUGAUUAAAAGGAUGAGAGCAACUAGCACAAGCACUAUUCAAACACAGAACCCUCUUGAGAUUCAGCAACUGAAAUAAUCCACCGCAUAAGAGGUGGGGAAAGUGUGAUUGCUAUACAAACAUAGAUACAUACAUAAUGCUUAAGUAUUGAAUUUUUGCUUCCUUCCCCCCCCCAACCUGCUCUUUAUUUAUUAAGGCAUUGUGUCUUCCUCCCCUCUAGAUCUCAAGUCCAAAAGCAUUGCUGAGCUGGUCAAAGAAAUUGUAAGAGAGCAGGUGAAAGCAUCCCAGAGUGAAACACAAGAGGCAGUGGCCCAGAUUUUCAAGAUUACGUCUGGUCUGUCUGCAGAUCUUGAGAACAUCAAACAAACGAUCAAAAGCUUGAAUGCUUCUCACAACAAAUUGGCUGCGGAGAUAGAAAGCAGGCCCACGAGGGUAGAAAUCCUAGAUAUAAGGACCCAGAUCCUCCAUAUUGAAGAGGAUAUAAGCAUUACAUGUGAGAAGCCAAUCGAAGACCUGCAGGAACAUCAGAGGUCAAUAGAAGCUGCCUUGGAGCAUCAAAGUUCAAGGAGCAACAUAUACUAUGAAUCUCUGAACAGGACUCUGACUCAAAUGAAAGAAGUGCAUGAACAGCUGUUGACAGCUGAACGGAUUUCAGACCAGAACAUCCCAACAGCAGGGAACUCCAUAACCGAUAACCUUACAGAUUACAUGGUUGGUCUUCAUGAGAAAGUGAAAACACAGAGUCUGAUGGUUCUGCAGCUCUAUGAUGACCUCAGAGUCCAAGACAGCAAGAUCAGUAAUCUCACUGUAGCACUGGAGAUCCAGAGAGAUAACUUACAUGGAGAGUGCAGCAGCAUAUUGUCCAAAUGCCGGCGGGACUUCCAAACACGACUGAAGGGCAUGGAAGAGAACAUGCACUCCUUAAAUAAAAGCAUGGAGAACCUUGUGUUUCCCUUGGAUGAUAAGAUGGACAAGAUGAACGAGCAAAUUAAUGACCUCUGUUACGAUAUGGAGAUCCUCCAGCCUUUGAUUGAGCAAGGGGUUCCCUUCAGCCUUACAUCGGAAUAUGAGCAACAGAUUGCAAUGGAAGCUAUAAGCAGAAAGCUGGAAAAUUUAACCAGUGUUGUGGCAGGACUAAGUUCCACCACUGAAGAACUCGUCAAAAGCAAGAAGGAGCUUAAAGAUGAGGCUCAGGCUUACAAUGAAAUCUCUGAGAGGCGUAUUAAUGAAUGUUUCAUUUUAAUGGAGGAUGGCUUAAACAAGACCAUGAUGGUUAUCAACAGUGCCAUUGAUACUAUCCAGGAUAACUAUGUGCUCAAAGAAACAUUGAGUACCAUGAAGAAUGAAACAAAGGCCUGCUGUAGUAGCGCUGAGAAGAUGGAAAGCAUAUUGACAUUAAUACCUCAGUUUCAAGAGAUGAAUGAAUCCCUUCAGGUGCUAGUCAAUGAGAACAGGAAAGGUGGCUUUACUUCAAAUGCCAUCCAUUCUUCUUCUUCAUCUGGUGAUGUCAUCACAGUUCACCAUAAUCUAAAUGCAACAUUAAACCUGCAAGAGCAUCAUCCUGACACUGGCCACCUGGAUGGAAAGGGGUCACGCUCCACUCAGGAACAUGAAGAUUAUGAAGGUCGCCUGGCGGCAGUGGAAGCAAAAAUAACCAAGUUUUUAGCAAACAACUGCGUCACAGUAAGAAACAUCAAAGCUGCUUCCACGGAAAAGGAUAAAGUGAUCUCUCUUCAGGUUCAGGCCUUGAGUUCCAGAAUCAGGGCGCUAGAAGCCAAAUCCAUACGCUUCUCUGUGACCAUCCCUGUGUUAAACAAGACUGCCUAUGAAGCACGGAGCUUGUGUGAGGUUGUCUCCGGAAGCCUGAAGGGAAUGAAUGCCAGCAUCCCCAGGUUAGUGAAAGCCGCUCACCCAGACAACUUGCUGUUUCAGAAAGGCUUGCAAGAGCUCACAGAAUCCAUGCUGGAGGUCAAAGCAGGAACAAUCCUAUCCAAUCUAACCUGGUAUGUGGAUAAGUCUCUAGAUGAGGCAGUGGACACUAUUACCAAACGUCUGAAGGCAACUCCUCCUGUUUCUAAAAAGCCACCGCCAGUGAAAAAGAUCCCAGUGAGCACGACCGCAAACCAGGCUGGACGAAUGCAGAGAAACACAGACACUGCUUCAGAAGCAGGUAAGGCUUUUUAAUAUUACUACUAGUGACGUUGCCCAAACUUGCAACUUAGCCACACGGAUUUGUGUAGGGACAUAGGAAGAUGCCUUAUGGCAGCCUUUCUCAACCUGUGGGUCCCCAGAUGUUGUUGAACUACAACUCCCAUCACCCCUAGCUAGCAAGGCCAGAGCUCAGGGAUGAUGGGAGUUGUAGUCCAACAACAUCUGGGGACCCACAGGUUGAGAACCACUGCCUUAUGGGAAGUCCAUCUAGGCCAGUAUUGUUGACACUGGUUGACACUGACUGUCCAAGGUUUCAAGCAAGGGUCCUUCUCAGUCCCUUGUGGAGAUGUCAAGAGCUGAACCUGGGACCUUUUGCAUUCAGCGCCUGUGCUCUGCCACUGAACCAUGGCCCUUCCCAAGAAUCAAAUAUUAUGUUCUUCAAAUGCUCUUGGUGCGGAGAAAUCAUUUCAUCCCCUGGUCCACUUGGAACUAGCUGGCAGAGGCCAUAACUAGUACAUAUAAAGCACAUCACGCCGCCACCACCAUUCUGAAUCCAGUUAAGACCCAAGUUCAAAUCCCCAGCAAAUCUAGGUGGCCCCAUGGGAAUGGUGAAAAGGUGGGGGGCCCACAAUUCCUGCAUGUGACAUUGGCAUCGCUGUCAGGAGGGCAACUCUGUGGGUCGCCCCAUUGCACCAUUUGGUCCUGUGGAAUCUCUGUUCCUGUGUCUUCUGUUGAAUGGUGAUGGCAGAAAUUAAGCUUCACACAGGGGUUAGUAAAUUAACUGCUGUUUGUGGGGCUUUAUUUAGCCCUCUGGCUCUCUGUAAGCCUGCAGAAGGGUCUCGCCAAGGGAACAGAGGAAGUGGAGAAUGUGCAAGGUGGGUUGUGCUUAAGGAACAGCGUACAGUUAAUUCACUGUGGCUGAACAGCCCAUUGUUCCAUGGUGCUCUGGGGAAAUCUAGUCAAAUUGUUAUGGAGUGUAAGGAUGGAAUUUGCAUCCAGGUCCCUAAUUUAGCAGGAAAGGAUUGAGUGCGCUUUGCAAGAGGACUGUGGAAACAUGGAAUCCAGGUCAAUCCAGACCAAAUUAGCACUAGUUUUUAUACCGACCAAAUAAUCUGAGAUCAAAUUUAAAACGAUAUUUCAGGAGAGAAACCUUUGACAAAACGACAUUGUUUUGUGCACAAUAAGGUAAAUUGGUGAAUGGCAAAGGCAUUUUUAUUCUUUUAUGUCCCCCGUCAUCUUUUUCUUUAUUUCCAUUCCUUCCACCUCGGUGCACACGCUCAAGACAUGCCUCGAGUCAAGUGCUUGCAGUUCAUCUGAUAAUCAAGCACGCAGGAAGUUUAAAGUGGAUUGGGGCUUCAAUAAUGUUUCCACUUUAUUUCAUAUCUCGCUGCUUACUCAUUCUGCCUUAAACCGCUGGAAGCAUUUUCUGCGCAGCAGUGAAACAGCAGAAGUCAGCAGCUGUGUGGAUGAAGUGCCUCGGCCUUUUUUGUGGGCUGAACAGCAUCUUUCCAUGCGAAACUUUACCGUGUUCCAGCCAAAGCUGCUCCUUCACAACAGGCAGUAUUGCAUUCAACGCAUAUAUGUGACAAAGAUUAUUUCCAGGACAGUGGGAAGUGGGAGUGGAAAUAUGAAGCUACCUCAGUCCGCUGGUCCAUCUAGCUCAGUAUUCCUUAUUGGCUUUCAAGGAUCUCAUGUAGGAGUCUUUUUUCACAACUGAUACCUGACAGUCUUUAACUGGAGAUGACAGGGGUGGAAUCUAUGCUUUUCUGUUUGAAAGCCAUGUACUUCACCAAUGAUCUAUGGCCCAAUGAAUUGUUGCAGUGUUUUGCAGUGUUUCUAGAAUAUUCUAUUCUGUUCAUAGAUUCAUAGGAUUGUGGAGUUGGAAGGGACCCUGAGGAUCAUCUAGCCCAACCCCUUGCAAUGCAGGAAUAUGCAGCCGUCAUAUACGGGGAUCGAACCUGCAACCUUGGCUUUAUCACCACCAUGCUCUAAUCAACUGAGCUAUCCAAGUGAAGAGAAUGUGUUCUUUUCUCUAGGUCAGGGGAGCCAACACAGUGCCUUCGAGAUGUUGUUGGACUAUCACUCUCAUCAUUCCUGACCAUUGGCCGUUAUGGCUGAGACUGAUGGGAACUGGAGUUCAACAAUAUCUACAUUGCUUACCCCCAUCCCUAAGUUCUUGCAUAGCCUGCUGGUUUAUGGUUCCCUAUUGGUGCUUCCUUAAUCAACGCUCAUGGCCCAUCGGGGAAGAAAGCUGUACUAACUUGCAAAGGUGAGGGUUGAAAGGAGCAGGUUGCAUGUUUUAAAAUAUGGGCAGAGAAGGAAGAAGGGCCAUGAGCUUUUGGAGCUGGCUAGCCAGAGCCUAGGGCUUGCCAAUCAGAAGGUUGGCAGUUUGAAUCCCCAUGACGGGGUGAGCUCCCGUUGCUCGGUCCCUGCUCCUGCCAACCUAGCAGCUCGAAAGCAUGUCAAAGUGCAAGUAGAUAAAUAGGUACCGCUCCGGCGGGAAGGUAAACGGCGUUUCCAUGCGCUGCUCUGGUUCGCCAGAAGUGGAUUAGUCAUGCUAGCCACGUGACCCGGAAUCUGUACGCCAGCUCCCUCAGCCAAUAAAGCGAGAUGUGUGCCCCAACCCCAGAGUCAGUCACGACUGGACCUAAUGGUCAGGGGUCCCUUUACCUUUACCUUAGCAAUAGGCAGUCAUGGUGGAGCUCAAGAAUGCUAUAUGCUUUUGAGCAGACUGCUACUGCUAUGUCUCUAACUCUGUGAGCGAGUGCACCUAUCUAAGAUGGUUGGAUGGCACCUUGUACGCCUCCUUCCAGCAACUCCUGCAGCUAAACUAGUGCCGAACAUAUUGCUCUGCUUUCCUUUGGACCACAUCCGUGAGUCAUCUGGGAAGCCCAGGACCUUCAUACACACUAUCCAGGCUUGCACCCCAGAGUGGGCAUUUUGGUGCUGUUAUUGCAGCUGUUUGACUUUACCCCUGAAGACACACUCCAUGGGCACCUGAGACAGACAGAUGCCAACAACAAGUCAUACCAGAAUUGCCAAAUUAUCUAUCUGGAAUCCUUAUACCAGAGUUCCAGCUUUGUCUGGGCUUCAAUCAGAACUCUCAGACAGAGGGGGAGAGUGGUGGAAAACCCCUCCAAUCUUACCAUCCUCCUGCCACCUUCUCCCCUUUGUCUCUUGCAGCAGGGCUACACCUGAAGAAACCGUCACAGGAGGGGCAGAUGACUCUGGUUCCUUCCUGAGCAAUUUCUGCCCUGCUUCAACAGACACCUGCUGUCUAUCGCACCACCUAGCCUAGUUUAAACAGGUGGAGAUUCCCCUUUCUCUGCUCUCUCUCUCCCAACCCCUUCCCCUCAGCGUUUUUCCACUCUAAUUCCCCAGCCACACUGCCAGCAGAGAGCAGCCCGAGAUUUACAUAUUCAUUCAUUAAUUAAUAGUAUUUAUGUGCCACCCAUUAACCAAGUACCCUGAGCAGCUUACGGUAACAAUAAAAAAACCAUAUAAAGGUACAAUUCUAAACCACAAAGUAGAAUGCAUAAUGCAGCAUUAAAAAUUUCAGCAGCGGCAGCAGAGAAUAAAAAGAACCCUCUCCGAUGACAAUUCCGAGCUUUACCUUGGCAAACUGAGAGGGGAGGAGGUGAUCUCCUCCAACACUCUGCUGCUGUUGCUAUAGGUGGUGUUGCUGUGGGGAUGGUGGGGGCAGGGAGGCGAGGGGACCAGCCCUCGAUGGGUCAACAAAAGCUUUAAGGCAAAGAAAGCCACCUCUCUCUUUAGCCGGUCUGACACUCUCCCACUCCCACUUUUACUACAUGGUAGGAACUGAUAUCAGGCUCCCCACCACCCGGGGGGGGGGGACCCAGUUGGCAUUAUAAGCAGUGCACUGCCCUGAUAGAGAUGUCAGAGGAUUCCAUCAGAAAUGAAAAUGGGAGCAGAAAUUCCAUGGGGGUUCAGGGAAACAUGAGAUGGUUUGGUGGGCUGAAGCAGGAGGCAGGGACAGAAGGGGCUUUGCCCCCCUCAAUAUUUGCUGGCAGGGGGGCAAGCCCCCACCCCAAUAUCGAGGGGCCCCAAACACACCAGCCUCCAGCCUGCAAACAGCCUCCCUCUGUGCUCCCCAUUCCUUCCGCUGAUGCAACAUCGCAGAUGCAUCAAGCGUCAUGCGCACGAUGUCACACUCACACGACAUGUACUGGGCCCCCCAAUCUUGGGCACAAGUAAUGCCUCUGGUACAAUACCUCUUGAAACAGUCGUGCCUUUCCCCCCCAAAAAAUCCUGGGAGCUGUAGUUUGGUCAGAAUGCUGAGAGUUGUUAGAAGACUCUAUUCUCCUUACAGAGCUAUACCACUGAGCCUCUUGGACUUGCUCAUCGGAAGGUCAGCAGUUCAAAUCCCAGCAACGGAAUAAGCUCCUGUUGCUCUGUCCCAGCUCCUGCCAACCUAGGAGUUCAAAAGCACACCAGUACAAGUAGAUAAAUAGAUACCGCUGUGGCGGGAAGAUAAACAGUGUUUCUGUGCACUCUGGCUUCUGUCACGGUGUUCCAUUGCGCCAGUAGUGACCAGUCAUGCUUGCCGCAUGACCCGGAAAGCUGUCUGUGGACAAACGCCAGCUCCUUCCACCUGAAAGCGAGAUGAGCGCCAUACCCCCAUAGUCGCCUUUGACUGGACUUAACCGUCCAGGGGUGUGAUUGAUUCUUAAACCACUCUGUAAACUGUAAGUCUGUGAUUCUAGAUUCAGGUAGGUAGCCGUGUUGGUCUGACGCAGUCGAAAUAAAUAAGAAAAUAAGAAAAUUGUCCAGCAGCACCUUAGGGACCAACUAAGUUUGUUCUGGGUGCAUUUUGUGUGCAUGCACACUUCUUCAGAUUCUUCUGUGAGUACUCUUAAUGAACUACAGCUCCCAGAAUUCUUUGGGUGAAGACACAACUGUUUAAAGUGGCAGCACAAUGAUUUAGAUGUAUGGUUUGAAUGUGACCCUAAAGUCUCCCAUGAACAGCUUGCACCUGGGCAGCAGACUGAGCAGGCACAUACAGGUCCACACUUACCCAUUAUGCUGAGGUGUAUUUCUAUUUAAAUUCUAGUACAUUAUGUCUAAUGUUUGCAUGGAUAGAUAUAAAUUAACACAUGCACAUUUUAUGUAAAUUGGUGUCUUCUCUUUUGGUGAUGCCAAAAUGGACACUCUAAUUGCCUAUCUUCAUUCUCUCUCUUCUCUAAGGUAACCCAUUUUCACAGAUUUUCUUCCAGGGUUAGUCUAUUUCUCUUUGAGAGAAGGAGAGGUGGACAUAUAGGGAGAAAGAGCAAUUGGAGGUCAGUGCGAGGGAGAGGCUUGAGUUUUCUUUUUCCAAAUUUUUUUUGUCUCCAGGCUUUCUAAACCACCUGCCGCUCCGACCCCUAAACCUUCCCCCCUUCUACUCCCAUAGUCUGAGUCUCUUUAAACCCAACAAGCCUUCUGGGGGAAAUGGAGGCCACAAAAUAUUUAUUCAUUCUUACAUUUGUGCCUCACUAUUCCACUAAAGAGUCUACAUGGUUCUCCUCCUCUCCAUUUUAUCCUUGCCAUGACACCCCUGUGAGGUAGAUUAGGCUGGCCUGACCGAGUGAGCUUCGUGGUUGAGUUGGGAUUCGAACCCUGGUCUCCCACCGUCCUAGGCUACCCAAUAUGCCACGCCGGCUCUCAAAAAUGUUUAGCUGUAAAUGCCAACCGCAUCCGGUGGCGUCCCAAACACCGAGGCGUCCACUGUUGCUUUGUUGUUGUUCGGUGCCAAAGCGCCUUUGUGAACGUCUUUUGCACUCUGAGUUUUAAUUGCGAGAGAUUGAUCGUUACCCUAAUUCAGUUUGACUCUCCAUGCUUCAACUUUGCAUAUUCAGUGCAAUAGGGCAGGAGACAGAUGAAAGGGGUUUUUGUUGUUGUUUGCAAUUUAGCGCAGAGGGAAAGCACUGACUCUGUCUCGGAAAAAAUGGAAUAGCUAAAAGAGCAGCAACUUCUUAUUGCUGCAGUACCAGCGGCCCUCCCCAAACCGAACUCUUGUCAGCGGGAGAGAGGGCAGUACAUGCCAUCCCUGCUCAUUCAGUCCUUAGGUCCCCUUAGGUGAUGGACAAAAAUAAGCCGUUCGGCCAUCCUGAAACAAAUUGAAAUAGCUUCCCAUCAUUAUUACAUUGGUUCACAGACUAUUGAGACAGAGGCAAUGUGGAUCUUUUAUUUACACAGAGCUGAUAUGUGGCACACUGGCGGCCUCAAGGCAUCGCCACACGAUGCACAUAGCAUACCCUGCAACAUCCCCUCAAAAAGCUCGACUUUUGUGUCCGAAUUUUUUACUUCUUGAAAUAUGGCAACCCUACUCCACCCCCAAUAACCAGACAACAUUCCACGUUGUCUGAGCUCCUUUCGGAUUACUUUUGUCCUCUCUCACACAUCUCUUUCCGUUUCCCGCUACACACACCACUAAAGAGGAUGGCCCAUUUGAGCCUGGAUAGCUCAGUUGAUUAAAGCGUGGUGCAGGUUGCAGGUUCGAUCCCCGUAUGAAACAGCUGCAUAUCCCUACAUUGCAGGAGGUUCAGUGGUUCUCAACCUGUGGGUCCCCAGAUGUUGUUGGACUACAACUCCCAUCAUCCCUGAGCUCUGGCCUUGCUAGCUAGGGAUGAUGGGAGUUGUAGUCCAACAACAUCUGGGGACCCACAGGUUGAGAACCACUGGAAGGUCCUUUCCAACUCUACAAUUCUGUGAUUCUAUGUAGAGGAUAAACUCCUUAUUAGUAUGUAGAACAAGUGGGACCUGCAACAAAAUGUUGCAGUAUGAAAUCCUCCUGAUCAGUGUUCCAGUCAAUCCACAAUGACCGCGUCCAAGACACUUCGUUUCAUUCCUGUUCCAACCCAUCCAUUUCUCUCUCUCUCUCUCUCUCUCUCACACACACACACACAUGCACACACAGAGCCAGUAGCAUUCUAUGGCUACUGAGCAUGCUCAAUCUUCAUUGGGCUGUCUUGAGAUAUGGUUCCUCACCCCCUUUUUUGGUUUCUCACUCCCCCUGAAAAGCAGGACAGAUGAUCACACUAGAGAGGAUAGGCCAAAGAGGGCUUCAAAUGAUGUAAAGGAAAUUCACCUUAGUGUGGUACAGUGGUUAGAGUGGCAGACUAGGACCUGGGAGACCAGAGUUCAAAUCCCCGCUGAGCUAGAAGCUCAUGAUUGUAUACAAUAAAUCUCUGUCCACAGAGACAACUAGAUCACUGUUUUGGGUUUCUCUUUAUCUUCAUCAUAUCUUCAUCUUUUUAUCAUAUGGAAGUUGCAAGUGCCAGGGGUGUGGCUUUAGGGCGCUGCCUAGGGUGGUAGUUGACACACUGCCCGAAAAAGAGGAUAUGCACCACUGUAAAAGAGGACCACCAAUCUGCAUAGAAUUUGCAUGUGCUAAUUUAUAUGCAUCUAAAUGCAAAUUUGAAAAUAAUUAGCAGAAUUUGAAUUUCACAGAAGGGAAGCCAAUUACUUACCCAUGCAAAUCACUCCCCUCAAAUCUUUAAAUUGAUUUGCACCCCAAUAAGAUCACCCAAAUAAGUUCUUACUCAAUUAAUUUAUCACCGAGAUCAUCCAGAAAUCAAUCUGAAAUCAAUUUCCCUUUAUUAACUACCCCCAUUCAAUUCAAUCAUCACAUCAUUACCCCACUAAUAAAAUUCAAAAUAAAUAGGGCGCACAUUGUGAUUCCCUUCAGGUGGUGGGGGGGAUUUUUAUUGCUAGUCAAGGUGGCCAGUGGGUGGUCUCUCUUUUCCUUUUCUGUCCCCACCCACAUUAAAAUAGAAGGCAAAUUAACUCGGUGUAGGGGCAACCAUCUCUCUCUCUGUGUGUGUAACAAAUUCCCUGGAAAGGAAAUGAAAAUUGCCCUUCUGAGAUGCAGACGUUGAGGUUUCAGCUCACAGAGCAUCAGCAGUGAGUCUUUCUUUCGGCUCAAGUAAGUGGGGGGAAAGAAGAAGGAGAAAGCUGGACCAUCCACUGGCACAUCAUCUCCUCCCGUGUCUCUGACACUGGGCAUAGGGAAAAUCUAUUCCUGGAUAUCCAUUUAAAUAUUGGGCUAUUUCAUAGGAGAGAGGACACCUUACCAUGUUGUCCCUGCCCCACUCCUUCAUCCAUGCGCUAGCAUACGCUUGCAGGAGACUAGAAUGCACAUUUAUGUAUCACAACAAAAUAGGAAAUGCAUCGCUGGUGAAGAGGGUGGAUAUUUACAUAAAACUUGCGUAUGCUAAUCUAUGUGCGUGGGAGCCAAUUUAGAAAGUUAUUUCUGUAUAGGCAUAGCUACAAACUUAGAAAUGAUGGCUGUCAUUUAAAGAGUAAAAUACAGCACAUCUCCAUAGUGGGGAAGAUAGUGGCUAGGGGGCUCAUGUGCCUGCUCAGUUCAGUUCUAAAGUCCUCACACUUCUUUCUUUUGGUACUUCUUCUUUACACCAGACUUGGGCUGGACAGCCCUUCAAAGGAAAGACUGUCCUACAGGUCACAGUAGUGGGGAUAAGCUGAAGAAGGGACUCAGAAUGAUGUCAAGGAGAUAUAAUUUAGCUUACACUUUCCCCAUGGUGUUGUGUAGUGGUUAGAGUGCCAAACUAGGGCCCUCGAACCUAGGGCAAACUAGGACCACGGUUUCAGCCAGUGGGGUGAGGACAGUCCAACCCAGCCACUGCCCCUCAGCCUAACCUACUUCAUAGGGUCGUUGUGAGGAUAAAACGAGGGGGGCAAGAACCAUGCACUCCUUGGAGGAAAAGGCAGUAUAUGCAUGUCAUAAAUACAUAAAUGUGAUGGGAUUUUUGUUGCUGCUGCUGUUGUUAUCAGGCAGCCUUAACCAAGCAUUUUCCUUCCAGAUGUUUUGGGCCACAACCCCAGCUGGCUGGAGUUGAUGGGAGUUGUACAGUGGUGCCUCAGGUUACAUACGCUUCAGGUUACAUACACUUCAGGUUACAGACUCCGCUAACCCAGAUAUAGUGCUUGAGGUUAAGAACUUUGCUUCAGGAUGAGAACAGAAAUCGUGCUCCGGCGGCAGAAGGCCCCAUUAGCUAAAGUGGUGCUUCAGGUUAAAAACAGUUUCAGGUUAAGUACAGACCUCCAGAACGAAUUAAGUACUUAACCUGAGGUACCACUGGAAUGUGAAACAUCUGGAAGGAAAAAGCUUGGUCAAGGCUAACAUGAGGCAUCUCCCAUUUAUGUGACCCUUACCUGUGGCCUGAAGCCAUGCUGUCCAAACCUAGGUUUGCCCCCACAGUGAGAACAUGCAGUAGCACCUGGUGUGUAUGUUGAUUUCCUCCAAUAUCUGGGCAAACCCUAAAUAUGAAGCUAAGUGAGGCAGCUUUUCCUCUUCUUCUCUUGGCACUCGAACUGCACUCCUACAUUGCUUUAUCCUGAGCCUUAUUGUUGUGAUAGAUGAGAUGCAAUGUGUUCGCGGGGGGAAAGCAGCGAGAGAAAAUAAUUACUUAAGUCGGACAGAAACUCCUUGGCGUGUUGCAGUCCAUAAACCUCAUCUGUCUACCCCCAGGAGCAGUGUGUUGUGGGGGGAGGUCCCCCCCACUUUGCGCAAAGCGCACAAAGCUUUGCAUUCAGCCUGGCAAGCUCAAAUCCAUCACCGUCGAAGUGCUGCGACCGAGGAGCGCCAUGGCAUCUGAAAUGACUGGGCUGGAAAUUAAAGAUAGCUCAGAGUGCCGAUGAAGUGCCUGUGAAAAGAGGCAAUUCCACACAUCUGCCGGCAAUCAGCGCUUAUUCUGAAACACCCUUUUCAUCACCCCACACCUAGCCUGCUUCUUGAGCGUUCCUGGGCUUUCUUUCUUUCAAGUUUCAGAGGCCGGCCCACUUGGCAAUCUCAUCGCAAGAAUGUGCAUACCCCUAUUGUCACUGCGUAGGACUCUUAAGAGCUGGAAUUGUUGAAUAGUCUCCGGCAAUUCAAUUUGUCUAAUCCCCAGAUGACAGAGAGCUGUGAUUUACAGUGGACAGUUCAAGGGGAAAGGGGAAUUGUCCCUCACACUUCAGCCCGGUUUAUCCAUGGCAUAGAAUCAAGCGAUAAUCAAGUUUUACUGUGAUUGUACCUCUUCAGUCUGUAGGGAUGCGGGUGGCACUGUGGGUUAAACCACAGAGCCUAGGACUUGCCGAUCAUAAGGUCGGCGGUUUGAAUCCCUGCGACGGGAUGAGCUUCCGUUGCUCGGUCCCUGCUCCUGCCAAACUAGCAGUUCAGAAGAACGUCAAAGUGCAAGUAGAUAAAUAGGUACCACUCCAGCGGGAAGGUAAACGGCAUUUUCCUGUGCUGCUCUGGUUUGCCAGAAGCGGCUUAGUCAUGCUGGGCACAUGACCCGGAAGCUGUACGCCGGCUCCCUCGGUCAAUAAAGUGAGAUGAGCACCGCAACCCCAGAGUCAGCCACGACUGGACCUAAUGGUCAGGGGUCCCUUUACCUUUACCUUACCUCUUCAGUCUACGGCAGGUGGGAUAAAUCUUUGGCCCUGCAGAUCCUGAUGAACUGCAACCCCCAUCGGACCCUGCAAGCAUGACCAACAUCCAAGGAUGAUGGAGUUGUAGUUCACCAACAUAUGGAAGGUUCCCCACACCUGGCCUACAGAUAGAAGCAGAGCCGGCCGGCCUUUGAAGUAGGGUGAGGUAGCUGCCUCAGGCGGCAGAAGCGCAAGAUAUGGUGGUCCCCUGCCCCACCGCUUCUGCCACCAGCAGAAUGCCCCCUCUCACUGGAAGCGUUCCAGUGUGUGGCGUUGUCUUCCCCACCCCUCAGUGAUGGGGAGGGGACAUUCCAAAGCACCAUGUUGCCACUCGUCUUCCCCACUCCUGGGGCAAAGAGGUGAGCAUCAAAGCCUUGUGGAAAUCUCACCGAGUUUGGCAAGCAUGUGUAUGUUCUGGCAUGCAGAGGAAGUGGAGGGCAGCAGUGUGGGGGCAGGAAGCGGUACAUUCCUUUUUUCUCCUCAGGUGGCGAAACAGGGUGGGUCGCCCGUGAAUAGGAGCUCUUUAGUACUUGCUAGUUUGUAAGGUGGCAGAGGGACAGGCACACUUACUUCUGCCAUGUCUAUAAUGCGUUAUCGCUACACCAGCAAUGGUCAAACUUGGCCCGCCAGCUGUUUUUGGACUACAACUCCCAUCAUCCCUAGCUAACAGGACCAGUGGUCAGGGAUGAUGGGAACUGUAGUCCCAAAACAGCUGAAGGGCCAAGUUUGGCCAUCACGGCUCUACACAGACACCUGCAUGUGUUGAGAGCCUUCUGCUGAAGUACACAAAUGGUAUGAUUCAGGUUUCUGUAUGUGCAGAUGCCCACCUCACAUGGCAUAUUAUGACUGGUAGAACCUUUGCCCAAUCUUUAAUUUCAAGAUGCUUCCAGCUCUGCCCUAGGAUAAUUGCAUGGCCUGGGGCAAGCGACUCAAAGGGAGGUCCCCAUCUGUAAAAUGGGAGCAGGAUUGUAAAGCGCUAAGUAGCAUAUAAAUGAGGGAUAAAAUACUAUUUGACAGUAUGUUUCGACAUGGAGGCUGGGACUGAGCGCUUCCCUCAUGCCUUGGAUUGGCAGAAAUGAGGAGCAAUUAGCCAGUCGAGACCCAGUCAGUGGCAGCAAGCAGUGUGUGACUAAAUUCCCCAGUGGCAAAUAAUAUUAAGCAAAAACACCACUACCACACAAUCCUGGGAAAUGGUGUAAUUUAUAUGCAAAUAAACAAUGGUGGUUGUCUUUCUCCCCAUAUCACCUCUAACUUGAGAUUCAAAUACAGCUAGGGAAGAGUUGGGGUAGGAAGCUGCAAUCUGGAAGUCUUUGCAAAGCCUUCCCCGAAAGCUCCUUGCUUCUGUGCCUUCAUGUCCUUCUCUCCCAUUCAAUGCAGGUGAUUAUCUGAGCUGCAGCAGCUCCCCGUGCCAAAAUGGGGGGACCUGUGUCAAUGAGAGGAAGAGCUUUGUCUGCGCUUGCCGCUAUCCUUUCGGAGGAGCCAACUGCAGCACGAAGAUGGUGGCGGAAAACGCUCCUACAAGUAUAGGCGAGUAUAAGUACGACCUAAGCCAUCCCUUUGCCUGUGCCUCUUCUGCUAUAGAUCAGAGAUUACCAGACCCAAGUUCUCUCUCCUAGUUCCUCUCGACAAAAGCUCCCCAGUGCCAGAGUCAUGGCUUUCUUUCUCUCCUUUAAAGCACUCGGUUCAUGAUGAGAGUCCGCAAUCCCCCGUUUUGAUGCGUCCCACAUCACAAAGUAUAAAAUUUGAUUUCUUUCACAAGCCUGUCCAUAAAAAAAAAUAAUAGCAAGCAGCUCUAUGGAGGGAUUGAACAAGAUGGUUGUCAGCCGAGCAGCGCUAUCAUAAAUAGGCCAGAGCAAGCUGGCAAUUUUUUUGUUACAGAGGCUGUGAAAUUGCAUUAUUGGGAAAUUACGCGUUUGACUAAGGCUGCGCCUUCCAUUUCAAAAUAAAAAUAAAUAAAUAAAUAAAGGCAACGGACAUUCGAGGUCUGUGUGUGCAGCAGAAGUUCCUUUCUCACAUUCCCUCAGGAGGGGAGAAAAUGGAAUUGGUGCCUCUUGCCUGUGGUUCUUCAUGAGUUCAGGAAAGGGUGUGAAUCGCACUAGUUUAUGUACAAUGAGAUGCAUGUUGGCUCUGUUAUGUACUGAGUUCAAUAGGAUUCAGAAUGCAGCAGUCUGAUUGGUCCUAGAACAAUAGGAUCCAGAAUGCAGCAGUCUGAUUGGUCCGCAGGAGCCACCCAAUCCAGCUCCAGGUGGAAGGGAAUCCGCAACCUGAUUGGCCUACAGGAGAAUCCCAGAAUUAGCCAAUCACGUGGGGCCUACUCUGUAAAUAAUGUAUAUGAGGCAGACAUUCUGGGGGAACUCCCAUUCCUCCUCACCACUAUGAGCUGAAUAAAGAGCAUGAAAUCCACUCUCGACUUUGAGUAUAUUUCAGGCUCCAUCUGCAUAAAAGGGAUCUCUGAAAAAGACUCAUCCCUUCUUCGUGCAGCACAUAGCUAAACUAUGGAACACGCUCCGACAGGAGGCAGUGAUGGCCAGCAUCUUGGAUGGCUUUAAAAGAGGAUUAGACAAAUGUAAUCAUUUCACCAUGUUGCUUGUGACAUGUUCUCAGCACCAUAGGUGCUGGCUCCCUGGGGCCCUGGGUGCCCAAGCACCCACAAAAUUCCCCACGAAGGGGCCGGGCACCCACAAAUUUUGGCACCAGAGCCAUGCACGCUGCAUGGCACACACGUCCCUGGACACCCACGGUCGUGGGGCCAAGCUGGCACUCCUGCUCAGCUCCUUUGGACCAUUUUGCAAAGUGUGCAAGCAACAACUCGGAGGAGACACUCAAUAGGGAGCCUCAGGCAGUCUCAUGAGGACAGGGUCAGUUCCACGGUGGGUCCCUCCUUCAUCACUUGGCAACCCUGGCAAAUGUCCCUGACUGCAAAAGCAGCAGCCAGUGGCAUCAGCCCUCCAAUGGAUCCGCCAUUUUUCAUUUUCCACAGUGACUCCAAUGAAGCAUCUUUCUGGGGCAUUCUGGGAAAUUAGAAGAGGAGCUCCCAGGCUCAGCUGCCCAGGGCAGUCAUUGGGGAUGGGGGUAGAAUCAUAGAAUUGUAUAGUUGGAAGGGACCAUGGCGGUCAUCUAUUCCAACAUGUUGCAAUGCAGGAAUCUUUUGCCCAGUGUGGGGAUACCUUGUGUUUGAUCACAGUCACAUCUUCCAUUUUUAGGCAUUCACCUCAAAUUUAUUAGAUGUCUCCCUCCCAAAGUGAUUUAUGAAAUGUCCCUUAAGUGAGUUACAACAUUUGUAACAAAAAUAAUACAGUGGUACCUCAGGUUGCAGACGCUUCAGGUUACAGAACCUUCAGGAUACAGACUCCGCUAACUCAGAAAUAAUACAGUGGUACCUCGGGUUAAGUACUUAAUUCAUUCCAGAGGUCCUGAAGCUGUUCUUAACCUGAAGCACCACUUUAGCUAAUGGGGCCUCCUGCUGCUGCCGCGCCGCCAGAGCACGGCAUCUCAUCCUGAAGCAAAGUUCUUAACCUGAAGCACAAUUUCUGGGUUAGCGGAGUCUGUAACCUGAAGCGUAUGUAACCUGAAGCGUAUGUAACCCGAGGUACCACUGUACCUUGGGUUAAGAACUUUACCUCAGGAUGAGAACAGAAAUCGUCCUUCGGCAGCACAGUGGUAGCGGGAGGCCCCAUUAGCUAAAGUGGUGCCUCGGGUUAAGAACAGUUUCAGGUUAAGAACGGACCUCCGAAACGAAUUAAGUUCUUAACCCAAGGUACCACUGUAAUGUGGGAGGAAUUUGUGUCUGGGUUUGAGCUCUCGCACCAACCUAGACUCUGCUCGUCCACAAAUGUUCAGUUGAGCCAUCACAGUGAUGCUUGCUAUAAAAAUGAGCAAGCUGAGAUUUGCAUUCGGAAUACAUGAAAUCUGUGUUUUAUGCCUCUCUCAGCCACAAUUUUGUCGUUUCUCAAUCAUUUUUUUACAGUGGUGCAGGCAUUGGUUUAUAUGCUACGGGUGAAGGAAACGAAACAAAGGACAUUUUUAUUUCCCCAUUUAUUAUUAUUAUUAUUAAGCUUCCAAAUCUCCCCAAUCUUUGCUUGCGAGCAAAAUUUCGGGCAUAUGCAAGCAUGUUACAUUUACAAAAAUCUGUGACGCAGCCAUUGGGGGGGAAGAGAAUGGCAUGAAAGCUUUUCUUCUUAAUAAUGCAGCACAGUCAAGACUGAAAUUUCCUUGCUGUUUCCGAAAAAAAGAAGCAUUUUUUCCCCCUAUUGGUGCGUUUGACGCUAAUUGUGGAGAAAAUUGCUUUCUAUACAGUACUUAAGAAUUCAUUCCGCUUUUCUUCUUUAGCUUCUUGAGAACUUGACAGGAGGCCUGGGGGGAAAGUUUACAACCACCCCUGUGUCUGCAAUACAGAGUUGAUCCCAUUUAAAUAGGCAAUUCCGCUUGAGGAGAAAACAACAAAAGGCAGAUCUGGAUGUUAUGGCAGACGUGGGGUGAACGUCGAAAAUAGCAGCCCUACAUGUAGAUCUUCCUGCUCGCCUGUACUUACACUCGCUCCGUAACAUGACAGCAUUGUGCUGGUUUCCUCACCUUUUUGCUUUGUACUAUUGGCUGCUGUGGGGUAGGCAGCAGGACAGGGUUCACAGUGAAGUAGAGGAGGGAGAAGGUGUCUUAUCAGCCCAACGUAUUUCAAGUCUUGUGACUCUUCCUCAGGCAUAAAACAGCUAAACCAAGGAUGAGUGGUUGUGACCUUUAAACCCCUAAAUGGCUUCGGCCCUGUAUACCUGAAGGACCAUCUCCAUCCCCAUCGCUCAGCCCGGACACUGAGGUCCAGCACCGAGGGCCUUCUGGCGGUUCCCUCACUGCGAGAAGUGAGGUUACAGGGAACCAUGCAGAGGGCCUUCUUGGUGGUGGCACCCGCCCUGCGGAACGCCCUCCCAUCAGAUGUCAAGGAAAUAAACACCUAUCUGACUUUUAGAAGACAUCUGAAGGCAGCCCUGCUCAGGGGAGUUUAUAAUGUUUGAUGUUUUAUUGUGGUUUUUAUCAUUUCUUGGAAGCUGCCCAGAGUGGCUAGGUCAACCCAGUCAAACACGAGGCAUAUAAAUAAUAAAUUAUUAUAAUUAUUAACCUAUAACUAUGCUGGCUGGGGUCAGAUGAGGUUUUAGGUAUUUCAACUUUGAGGUCUCCUCAACCUUCAUUUCUGAGUUUCAUUAGAUGUUAUAGGGAAGACAGAAAGAAAUACACAUUUGUCUGGCAAUUUCAAUAGCAGACCCAUGAUUGCCAUAAAUAACAUCUAGCUUCACCCAACGGUUCUAGCAAAUGUGCUUAUCUUUGCAUUAUGUUUGCCCCCCCCUUGCAGAUUUUACAAAAGGAUCUUACAGAUAUGCACCAAUGGUGGCCUUUUUUGCUUCGCACACCUACGGAAUGAAUACUCCUGGCCCUAUUCGAUUUAACAAUCUGGAUGUCAACUAUGGGUCUUCCUAUGUCCCAGCAAAUGGACGGUUCCGUGUGCCAUACCUUGGCAUUUAUGUCUUCGAAUACACCAUUGAAUCAAACAGCCCGCUCCUCUCAGGCUACCUAGUGGUCGACGGAAUAGACAAGCUGGGCUUUCGGUCUGAAAACACGAAGGAGAACAAAUACCUGGAGAGAGUGGUUACUGGAGAUGCCUUACUGGAACUGAACUACGGGCAAGAAGUCUGGCUCAGGCUUGCAACAGGCUCUAUCCCAGCCAAAUACCCACCUGUCACUACAUUUACUGGCUACAUAUUGUACCGCACAUAAAUUCCAUUCUAUAGAAAAGCGGUCACCCACAAUGGAAACUCUUCUCCUUUGCUUCUAAUAAAAUUAACUCUUGUUUGAGGCUGCCAUCUUUUCUUUUAACAGCUGCAUGAUAGGCAGAAACGAGGCAUGAAACCUCUUUCCCAAAUCAGCAUCUUCGUGCUGUAGGAAGCAACAUUCUGCCUGCCACACAGAUGUUAAAAGCAGGGGAGGCCUUGUGGAAAAUAGGUGAUGAGGCCCAUCUCAUUAGAUAGGAGUUACCUGAAUGUCAAAUUUUGAAAAUGGCCAGCUGUCCCAUUGCACCUUUGAUUGGCAAAAUGGAAGUAUUUGUAAAUAGGUCUCCCAUAGUUCUAGGCACCCCAUCAGCUGAAUGUCUUCAGUAUGUCCAUUAUUUUUAUGCAGCUAUUUUGCACCAGUAUAAAAGAAAUGUACAAGAAGUUAUGCAUGUUAUCACCAUUGUUUAAGUGAAUUUGAUUUCAGCUCCUUUCAAGAUUCAUGUGACGCAGGCCACCAGUGGGUAAAACUUAAGCCUUGCUUUUAUGGUCCACCAGCCAGUUGUACAAUAGUGGCUCAGGGUGGGGGCAGACAUGUUAUGUACUGAAGUUCUCACCCUGGGCCAGCAGGGGGAUACUGUAGAUCAUUAUGCAAAUGAAGGAUUGAAAGUGACGUUCAGUGAUUGGAUAGUUUUAGAAAGUUGCAACAGUUACAUUGUUCUGGAGCUCUAUAUAAGCAGGCUGACUGAGCUCUUCAGUUCAGUUUCUGUCUGGCCUCUAAAUAAAGAAGAGCUGUUUGAAGAAUCGCUGUGUCAUCUGAUAUGUUCGCACACAACUUAACAAGACAUACACUAAGUUUUUAGGGACCUCUGAAUGUAUGCUUCAUUCUGGAACUGAGCUUACUGCCCUGUCACACAAGGAUCCAUUCCUGGAUUCCCUCCCAUUUUCCUUCAGUUCAGCCUUGCACUUCAGCGUGUGGAAAGCUUUUUUGUUGUUGCUCUUGUCAAGCUACUGAGAUUCCAAAACACGUGUAGUGUCUACUGCAAAUCACUCAGUAGAUUCCUUCUGCCCACCCUGUCCUGGCAUAGCCAUUUGCUCAUGUACCAGGCAGAUCAUGAUGACACCAUUUUCUAUUUUGGGAGGAAGCUGUUGGGAUGGCGGGUGCCAUUGAGCUGGGAAGGGCACCACCUUUGUGAUUGGGAUGGUCACAUAAACAGACCAGCAGAAUGGGACUGCAUCACUGGGAGAUUUUCCCAACCCAAUGGGUCCACUUCUGUGAAAGGGGCGUGCUUAGGAAGCACCUAAGCUUUGGAAUCCCGGGUCCAAAAUGGCCAGAUAUCAUUAGGUUUCACUCUUCAUUUGGUUACAUAGAAUACUUAGUUGAAGAAGCAAUGUGCACAUAGGCCAAAUAAAACCAUGCCUGCAUAUAUACUCAAUUGGCUUCUGUUUAGUCUCACCAGCACCCUUUCAUUUUUCUUUGUUCAUACCCAAAUUUGUAGCUGGUCAGACAUGUAAGGUAUUCACAUUUCACCUUGAAAAGAUUCCAUCUAAACAGCAGAAUUCCAGGAAGUCUAACCUCUCUGUAAUUGCAAACUUCCAAUAAGUUUUUAAUAAAUUGUGCGGCACACACUGAACAGAUUAAGAAAUCAAUCAGAGCACAAAAAGAAAUGUGAUGCUAUGAGGCAACUGAAUUAAAGCAGUCAGGGCCAGGCCAGGACAUUUUGAUGCCUGAGGCGAAGGACAAGAGAGUGCCCGCUCCCUGGUCUAUGUGCAGAAGCCAGCUGGGCUGCCACUUGAACCUUAACACUAGUGAUGGAAUAAUGUCAUCCCAUGUCACCUGCCCAGCACCUCUUUCUUGAGGGGUACACCUCCUUCUGCCAAAUGGUAGAGCCGGCCCUGAUGGUAGUUCCUCUUGCUUUAAAAAUAGCAGCAAUAAUUGUUGAGGUGGGAAUAUAUAUAUAUAUGUAUGUAUGUAUGUAUGUAUGUAUGUAUACUAAUUCAAGGGAGUUAUAUGGUUUACACAGUACACCACUCACAGGGGAGAGCUUUGAUGAAAACCUGAUCAACAAUCCUUAUAUUUAAUCUGUAGCUAUUAAAUUAGACAAUUAAUAGUACCAAUUAAGGGGUUAACACAUUCAUCCCCCUCACUUCCUGCUGGGCCAUAUUCACUGAUAAUGAAUCCAUGAUGCCUAAAAUGUUAGGCAAAAAAAAAGUGGGUGGGAGACUGCGGCAAGGGAACUGUGUAUUAUUUACAACUGCUGUUGAGAAUAACACCAACUGAGCUCAUGCUUUGCUUUUUUAAUCCUGUCUUCUGUUUAUAAAAGUAAUCUCCAACACACCAUGAACUCUGAAUAUAUAUAUAUAUAUAUAUAUAUAUAUAUAUAUAUAUAUAUAUAUUCCAACCAUUUCUUUCAUCAGCUGCACCUUAUCUUUCUGUAAAUACUUAAAAUCCCCCAUUUGUCACUAACCUAUCCUAGCGUAUCAUUGAAUUUUAUCAAAUGUCGUGCCCACAUGGCUAAAUCCCUCCCCACCCCUUGUAUGACUUUGUCAGUUUAAUAACCUGUUUAGCCCUCUUUAUUCCUGCCAUGGAUAGGGCUAAAUAGCGUGGAAAUUACUCUGCGGAUGAAAUUCAAAUGACCCACCAGAGACUGCGUCUCUCUCUUUAAAUAUGACUUUCACUGCCCUUCCUGCCCUCCCUGCUUAAUCCUUCAAGCCAGGUCUCCAUCUUCAGAGUUGCUAAUUGUUUUCUUCUAAAGUCCAUUUCUUGAUAAGGCUCUCUUGUUGUAUAUUUUCCUCCUUGAUACCAACAAAUUUCGUUUCCCCAGAGCAGACCUCCGACCUAUAGCCCUUUCAAAUAAACGCAUUUACUGAGAGUACACCUAUAAUGAAAACCGCACCCAAUUUGCUUAUUGAAAAAAUAACACAUAUACACACUUCUCCAUAGUUGUCCUCUUGAAGCUUGUUGGUUACGAGUAAUAAUUUAACAGAUGGAUAUUAAGACAACAUAAUGUUUCUAAGAGCGAUGCAAGUCUUUUGAGAGUUCUGUUGCUGCCGCCAAAAAAUACUAUGGACGC